UAAAGAGAUUUACAGCCAGCAAAGUACAUCGACUCAUCUGGGAGACACCUAUCAGGCAAAUGUUCUUGAAGAUUUGAAAUACCUAUUUUUUUCUAAGGCCAGGUAAGCACUCAAACUAAGGAAAAAUAUAGAAAGAACACGUCUAGAUUCACAAAAUAAACGUAUUUAAUGUGAAUUGAAGAUCAAAAUAUUAUCAUCUGUACCUGCCAAGCAUUGUAUGUAGUGGGAGCAAUGUAACCUUUCAUUUUACACAAUGGUAUCAAGUGAAGAUUUUUAGAAUUUUUGCAUUCAUUUAAAAGAUUGAAAAUGUCAUAGAAAUUCAUAUAUAUUUUUUAAAAACUUUUUUAUUAAUUUGUUCACUAGUUGUGUGGAUAGUAAGAAUGUAUUGCUUUUAUUGCAUAUUCGGUCUUGUCUUUUUACAUUUAAGGAACAUGCUUUACAUUUUAAAUUAUUCUUGCAGGUGUUUAACCAGAAUUGAUAUAUUUUAUUUAAAAAGUAUAAAAUUAUGUGUAUAUUUAUGCACCUAAUUUUUAGCAUUUUUUUUUUACUGUGUGUGAGUACUAUAAGGUGUUGUUCUUAAACAAUCAAAUCAUUAAUUUUGAACAUAUAUUUUCCAUUUUCAUACCUUAAUUAUUUUUAUUCGUGCUAGUUAAAUUUCAGUGUAUUGAUUUUUAUAUAUUAUUAGACUCUUUUCCUUUGCAAUUAAAUAACAUUUGUGAUAACCAAAAAUGACGGUAAAAUUAUCAAAUUUAAAAUCUCCUGCACAAUGAAAAGGCAGACGUUUUUAGUUUUCUCUACCUAGGCAAUAUAAUUUACUGAAUUCGUAUAUUUUUAUCUUAAUAUAUUGGGUAAAAACAAAAGUAAUACUGUAAAGGUUGCGACAUAAUUAAUGUCAAGUAAUUUCUAAAAACAGCAUUCAAUUUGUUCCUCUGUAGAAAUCCAUAUAUUUCAUAUUUCAGAUGAAAUUUGUUAUAAAAUAAUAUAUUUUGAAUAAAUUGUCCCAAUCAAAGAACACCUUAGAUAUGUCCCAUGUUAAAAAAAUAUAUAGAAUAAUUAUGUAAUAAUAAUUAUUGUUUUAAAAGAAGUUUACAAUUGUUUAGCAUUUCAUUUGUUGUUGCCAAACUAUAGAAUUAAAUUCUCUAAAUUAAUUUUAAAAUAGUUGAAUUUAUUAGUCCCAAUGUAACACACAGUUGUUGUGAUUGGCAGAAAGUUGUGGGUGCCUUUUCAUUUCUGUUAAUUACAAGACAUUGGAAGAAGAAUGAGACAGUGAAGCUUACUUAUAUCCAGGUCUAUGUCAUUCAUUCAGUCUUGAGUGCCCAAAUAGUACUGCAUUACACAGUGAUAAAGCUGACAAUUUAUUUAUCCUGUUAAGAGGAUUGGGGGCAGGAUGGUGUAGGUUAGGGGCAGUUAUAUUAGAAAUUAUAUUCUGAAAAAAUAUACUGUACAUUAUAUAUUAUAUAUCCAAGGCUCCCUCGUAUUCAUGAUCACAGUGAGGGCGUGGAUAGCUUAGGUUACUGAUUAACGAGUUACUAGUUACCAAAAGGAUAUGUACUUUGUUAUACUAAAUGGAGAUGGUAUUAGGAUCUUGUCAUUGGGUGUAAUAUUCAAACUCGCGAACCAGUACAUUAACACGUUGAUUUCCUGUCCCUUCUAGGAAACCUCCCACUGAAUAUUGCAACAGCAUUUUAUCAUUGUAUAAUUUAGGCCUAAAUUUAAUAUUGUUGAAUACGCUUAUCAAGUUAUUGAAUAUUUUUAGAUAAACUUUUACAAUUAUUUUUACAAAAUAUCAAGAGAUCGGAAAUGUAUCAUAUACAAACAUAUAUCAGUAUCUAAAAAAAAAUAUUAAAAUAUUACAAAAUGUAUAUGUAUUUCACAAUAUGAAAUCAUUUAAAAAAAUGUAUCCAGCAAUAUUUUAAAUCAUGGCCAUAAUUAGAAUAUUAUGCCAACAUACAUAAUAAGAGAAAAUGAGAAGCAACAGGGCUAAUGGAGAAUGUUAAAAUCUAGUUCGUUUCCACAUUAACACUCAUUGAAAUUAUUUAACCCCUUAAUGACCCUAGGUGACUGGACGGUAUUGUUUAAAGGUGUGUUUUUUUGCAUAAAUCAGCUAAAUCAACUAAUAAAUUGCUCCUGAACACACAAAGGAGUUUAUUAUAAAUGUCAUUCCUUCCUUUGAAUAUUUACCUUCAUUGACUUCUUAAUAUAUCAGUUUUUAUGAAGACAUUAAUGACAAGCUACUUGGCUCAACUUUUGAACUUUGCACAUGUCUUAAUUUGCCAAUGUAGGCUCCGCCCUCUUUACAGACCAGUAAAUGAGUCAUUGUUCAGAGGAACUAAUUUGUUAGUGGACUCUUUUUUUUUUUUUUCAUGGGAUUCAUUUUUUUUUUAGGUGGUGUGAAUGAGGCAGGUGAAGAUGAUCCGACACCUGGUGAUUUUUCUAUUUCUUAUUCAGAUACAGGUAAGAAAUAGCUUUUUGUCGCUUUUUGCAACAAUAAACCUUGUUAUUAUUUUUUCUCUUCGAAUUAUAUUUGCUUUAUUUUAACUGUGCCCAUUUUAGUAAUUUUUUAGUGCUGCUUAUGUCAAGUUAUUUUGUUAAGUGGGCUCUUCUUGAAUAUAGACGAUGAACAGACCAACAUUCUUAAACGCGUAUAAUAGUGUUUUAGAUUUUCUCAGUAUUCCAAUAUUGCAGUGACUGAAAUAAUGUAAUUUUUUUGAAUCAUUGUGCUGUUGUCUUUGAGUUCUACACGAUAGUGCGGACAUUGUAUGGUUUUCUGAGAUAUAUUGUUGAUGUCCAUCUUGUAUUUGAGGCAUUUGCCUUUCCCACCGCAGUAAUGCAUGAAGGUGAUUUUCACUCUUAUGUCAUAGACUUUCAAAAACAAGAUCUCAGUAUUUACAAGACGGAUUUAACUUGCUUGAUAUCUAAGUGGCUUUUGUCAUGAACAUAGUAAGACAUGACAAAAUAUCUGAGACAUUUAGUGAUGCUCCAAUGAUAACGGGGGACCCAAAGACACCUUGAUCUAGAUGUGCUUGAUGUGUUUAAAACCCUUUCUCUACUUCUCAAACAAACCCCUACGUUAGCCAUGCCUCUUCAACACACGCAAUGGAUUCCAAAGUAGUAACAACAUAUAAUUUAGUUAGAAUGAUGCAUUUCAAUGUGAUAAAAUGAGCAGGAGCAUCGGUUGAAAGGUCACGAAAACAUAUAUAGAUUACAAUCAAAAGAAUUUGGAGGCAAAGAAGAUAGGUGCGGUAAAAAGAGAGCAGUAUAUGGGUGGGGCAGAGAAAACAACCAGAAACAGGGAUCUAGGUCAGAGGCAGAUAAAGGUAGAGCGAUAUGGAAUGGUUAACACAAGUAAGAGCAUAAGUGGUAGAAAACAAAGACAGUUUACUAACAAAAUUAAACAAUGAUGACAGAAAUGGGUUUGGAAGAAAGGGAUCGGUGGAGUGUUUAGUGACCUAGCAGCAGAAGACACAGGAACAUGAUUCCAUAACCAGAAAACAAAAGAAAUGAUAAAAGAAUGUCAUACACUAGACAUUGAGUUGUAAUGCCUCCAUCAUAACUAAGCUGUCUUUUUAAUUUGGAUCUAUAUGUACUUGUAAACUUGUAAAGAUACCAAUUACUAUUGCAGUGUUUACUUUCCCUCCCGACUGUUAUGCAUUUUGUUGGUAAUCUCUACCCCAUCUUCCAGACUCAGCCUUAUUACUUCCUAUUUGCUCUUUAUUUUUCCACCAGACCCCAACCCAGUCUUGCUUUUUGAACUAAAACUAAUUUAAUUAGGCCUCCACACCCAACCUUGUUUUGUCCCAUACAUUAUCUGCCCAAGAUAUUUUCCACAUAGAAACAUAGAAUGUGAUGGCAGAUAAGAACCAUUCGGCCCAUCUAGUCUGCCCAAUUUUCGAAAUACUUUCAUUAGUCCCUGGCCUUAUCUUAUAGUUAGGAUAGCCUUAUGCCUAUCCCACGCAUGCUUAAACUCCUUUACUGUGUUAACCUCUACCACUUCAGCUGGAAGGCUAUUCCAUGCAACCCUCUCAGUAAAGUAAUACUUCCUGAUAUUAUUUUUAAACCUUUGUCCCUCUAAUUUAAGAUUAUGUCCCCUUGUUGUGGUAGUUUUUCUUCUUUUAAAUAUAGUCUCCUCCUUUACUGUGUUAAUUCCCUUUAUAUAUUUAAAUGUUUCUAUCAUAUUAUACAAGUUAUACAUGUUAAGUUCCUUUAACCUUUCCUGGUAAGUCAUUGUGUUUCUUCCCUGAAAGCCUACUUUAAUCUCCCUAAUUCUUCUAUCAAGGCUUAUUUUAACAAUACAUUUUCUUACAAAGAGAUAUCUCCACUUCUUAAAAUUUACUCCCACCACUCUCAAUUUUCAAUGUUCAUAUCUCAUUUUAUAUCUAAUUCCUCCCUAGACUUAAUCCUUUCCCACCUGCCAAUGGGAAAAACAUAGUGAGUUCCUCUCCCACCUGGAUAAUUCUGUAACAUUAAUACUAAUUGGUUGCUUGGUUGCUGCCUGUUUUGGGACAGCAGCUCUGGAGUUUUGGUACUGAGAAUAUUUUGGAUCAAAUAAUCCUAAGAAAUGAGCCAACAGGAUCAAUAUCAUAAUUUAAUUAGAAAACACUACAGGAUCAGCACAUUAUAGUGCAUAGGUUGGAGCAUAAGUAUCAUCAUUCCUUAUGUUAAUCUGGAUUAAGGAAAACUCAGAUGUUACUGAGCUACCAUGACCAGUGUAAACUAUUAAAAUAUUUUAAACAAAACCUAUGGUCAAUCCGGCCAAUUUCCUUCCAGUUCAAAUCCCCCAUGUUCAUCUUAGGUCUUCAUCUUUAGUCCACACCUCCAUCAGACCCUCCAACAAACUCUUAAUGGCGUUGUUCUGACAUUCAUCCCAUACUUUCCGUCUUACUUAUGUUUUAUCACUUCCUAAACAUUAUAUUUUCUCACUUUUCAUCCUCAAAUCUAUCAAUUCAUCCAUCCUCUUUCUCCAAUCUCAGUACCCUUCUUGUCCAGUAACAUGUAGGUUGACUCUUUCCUGCCUAUUCAUUGGAUCCCCACUGUGCCUCCUGUUAACUCAAAUGGCCUGACCGAAAGUUAAGCAUUAGAUAGUUUGAUGCUCACUGAUCUAAUUGUUCUUGGCUUGUCGUAAACGUACAGAAGAUUCACGUGAAAAGCUGCUGCAAUAUUCUAUUUAGGCAAAACUAUAUCAGUGCCUUUCUUUCAUCAGGGUUUAAAGAACAUCCGUCAUUAAAUGUUCACUUCUUGAUUUUUUAUAAAGUUUAUUAUGUUUAGUGAAUAAUGCUAUUUUUUAAAUGAUGUACAUUGAUUUAAAAAAAUUUUUUAUUGACUUUUUUAUCUGGCUGAAGGGCCGUGUUGGGUCAGACUCUACUGUUAUCUGAUCAACUGCUGCUCCACCUAACUUGCUAGCUGCUCCGAUUCCUCUGUAUGAAACAGGCAAGUUAGGAUGAGCAGCAGAUGGCCAGAUAAGAGUAGAGUCUGGCCAACACGCUGUUCAGUCCCAAGACAAAGUCAAAUUUUGUCAAACAAAUGAAUAUGCAUCAUUUAAAAGAAAAAAAUCAUUAUUUUAUUUAAUGUAAUAAACUUUUAAAAUAAGGGAAAUUAAAAUGUGACGACAGUUUUCUUUUAAGGACUUGUUUUUCGUAACACUGUCACAUAUUGCACUGACAACUAGAACAAUGAAUACUAUUACUAUAAUUUUUUUUACCUCCACACUGUAUGGGUAAUUGCAUCACUUCAAUCAAUACUAAGUUAUCCAUUGAACUGUGAUUGAUAUGUUCAAACAUCACUGCCCAUUCUCUUUCCUGUUAAAAUGUUUCAUCUCUUUUUCAAGGUUAUAGAUUGCAAACCAGAUAUUAUAGACCAAGGAUUCACAAGUUCAUUGUAAUAAUAAUUUUCUUGUAAUAUGUGGAUAGAUAAUUAACUUUUGCACUAUGAAAGCAAAUUGUAUUGGUACAUUUUCUUGAAAACCUCUGCCUAAAGGGACAUCCUGGGGGGGCGGAGCCAGGACCCAUGCAAGAUGGUCGCAUCCUCAGCAAGCUCCGAGCUGCCAGCUGAUUAAACGGCAUUUAUACCGACCCACUGGGCACAUACAAAGCCAAAGCUGUCCACUUGGUCCAGGCAACAUGGGGCACCGCUCCAAGAAGCAGCGAGCGGAUACCGGGAUCGGCUGCCGAGAUAUUGGAAGCUUAUUCAGACAGCCGCAGCACCCCGCGCAGCCCAAGAUGGCGCCGACCGUGGCCUACUCCACAGCUUCGUCGGAAGCUGAGAGCACACCAGAGGAUGAUUUCCCUGUCACAAUACUGGCCACGCAGCCCACACAAUCAUGGUAUGUGGAACUUGGGGAUGCUGCUCCCUCGACUAAGGCAGAUAUUAAAGCCUUAUUGCAAGACCUUAGGGCCAUGUUCCAUUUCACCAGAUGAACUGCCUCACUAUAUAAGGCGAUUGCUUGCCACACUGCUAACACCUAAGCAAGCGUAACAAGCUUCAACUGAACGAUGCCAACGAUUGCCCAAGGCAGCCAAGGCACCCCCAGAGGCCCCUAGGGACGUGCUCCUGCAAUUUCAGAGGGACUCUGACAAGUCCGCAGUCCUGGGAACCACGAGAGUAUCUCCCUUGCUGUCUUUUGAGGGCUCGCAGCUGUCCUUCUACAAGGACCUUUCAAGAGCAACCAUGCAAUGGAGGUAAUCACUCCGCUCCACUACAAAGCUUCUGAGAGAGGCUGAAAUCCCGUACAGAUGGGGCCCACAUCCCCUAGUGGCAGAGAAAAGAGGCAAGAAGUUUCCACUCUCGCAACUCCAAGAUUCACCUGCCUUCCUCCAAGCACUGGGAGUCUCAGCGGAAACCCUAUCACCACGGGACAGAAGAACACGGGCAGUAGAGGAAAUCCUUCCAUUUGUCCCAAGGCGUGCACUGGCUGAGUCGGUGGACCCCCCAGCUUGACACCGUCUGAACCAACUGUUUCCUUCAUGUCAUAAUUGACAGUUAUAGAAUUUCUUACUCCUGAAGUUUUAUAUGUUAUUAAGUUCUGUUAUUAUUUCUCUGGCUCCGUAGGCAAACUUACUAAGCUGUAGCACCACCAAAAGUACCCCCCACACACACUCCUACCCCUAUUAAUGCCACAAAUGCUACGCUUAUACCAGCCUUUUCUUAAGCGCUUGGCACAAACAUAGCGCUGAGACUCCCAGUGCAAUGGAGUAAAGCACUGGGAGUCUCAGCGGAAACCCUAUCAUCACGGGACAGAAGAAAACGGGCAGUAGAGGAAAUACCCCCAUUUGUCCCAAGGCGUGUACUGGCUGAGUCGGUGGACCCCCCAGCUUGACACCAACCUGUUGUUAGGCGGCUACGCAUUAAUGGCUGCUGAUGUAACCUAUAUCCUGCUUAAACUCUGUUUCAACUGCUUAUGGCAAUGUAAUGCAAUCUAAACAACAUACAUAUGCGAUGUGAACAAAAAUAAAGAAUAAAAAAAAAAAAGGGACAUCCCGGACCUCUAAAGUACUUUAGCUUGCUGAAGUGCUUCAUGUCUGAAGAGUGUGUCCUCUUCUUUUAACUUUACAAAAAGUGCAGAUUUAAAUUAGAAAUUGUCUCUUCUAUAAAAUAACCUUGCAAAGUGUGAAGAUGUUUGGCUGUUUGUAGCUAUCAUUUGUCAUUUAUCCAUAUUUUUUCCCAGAGCUGUGCAAACUCUGCACUUAUGCUGGAAACAAAAUACAGGUAGUCCUCAUUUUGCGACCUACUUUUUUUACGACAGCUCGCACUUACAACCAGGCGUAAGUGCGAUCCAUCAUGGGGAGGCGUAAUUGUGAGCCAUUCGGGGAAACUUCCCCGAACAUAGACGAACACACGAGAGCAGGGAAUGCCUCUUAUGUAUGUUCGGUGAAUUUCCCCGAGCAUAGAUUAGGGGGAUUCCCUGCUCUGGUGCCUUCGUCUAUGUUUCCGGGGAAGUUUCCCUGAACAUAGAUUAGAGGGAUUCUCUGCUCUGGUGCGUUCGUCUAUGUUCGGGGAAGUUUUCCCGAACGUAGAUUAGAGUGAUUCCCUGCUCUGUUGCGUUCGUCUAUGUGCAGGGACAUAUCCCUGAACACAGACAAGCACACCAUAGCAGGGCUCCUCACUUACUGACCAAUUCAUUCUAUGACCAGGUCGUAGGAAUGGAACCCAGUCGGUAAGUGAGUAGUGUCUGUAUACAUAGUGCAAAUGGUGAGUUAAAGAGAAUCUAAAAAUCUGUAUUCCUAACACUAUAGUGUCCUCUGGCCCCCUCAUCCCUUGUACUCCAAAUCACAUUGCACAUAAAGGGUUAGAAACCCUUUAAUAACUCACCCUAUUCAAGCAUUGAUGUCCCUCCACCUCUUCCAAUGUCAUCCGAUGGGGGACCUAAUACGAAUUCUCUCAAUGCUUUCCUGUAGGGAUUUCACUGAUGCUGGAUGUCCUCAUGCAGAGUGUGAGGAUGUCCAGUGUCAUUUAGGGGACCCAGAGUCUGGUAAACUCCCAGGAAGCGCCUCUAGUGGCUGACUGGUAGACAGCCACUAGAGGCCAUCUUUGUUCAGCAAUGUAAACAGUACCUGUCUCUGUAGUAAUCACAGAAUUGGUGUAUAUUCUUGGUCUGAUAAACUUUGAUCUGGUAGAUUGCAUUGAGAAUUCUUAUCUUGUUAAAUAUAAAGAUCACAAACUAUUAUGCAAUAACCCCUUCAUGACUAUGCUUCUAACAAAAUUACUUGUCAUGUUGGUUUUCUUAUCAAAGUCUCAUAAAUUAUAUUAUAUAAGUACUAGUUAAAGACAUGGUUACUAAAUUUUAGCACAAUGCUGGGUGUACUUGGGAAUAGCAAUGGGUAAAAAAGAGUUAAAGAUAUGAAAGACAUUUGAGAUCAUGAGAGUAGGUGGCAACGAGAGAGUUAAAAUGCUCUUGCUUGGCAUGGGAGAGGGAGGGAGUUUAGGAAUGUAGCAUGAAGUUGUCAUGUAGGAAGGCAGGUGUGCAGUAGGGCUUGCUCCAACAAUGUAGUAAAGUCCUGGGACAUUGUUGGAGAUAUCAGAUGAGCUUGCUGUGCCAGGGUUCAAGGUGUGGCUGGUGCUCAGAGUGAGCUUUAAUUAGUGCAGCCAUAUGGUAUACAGUACAGUAUUGUAGUAAAAGGUAGCUGGAGAGGCACAAUAGAAAGUUGAGAGAGUAAAAAAGUGGAGACAAGAGGGAGGAAGAGAAUGGGAGCUCAGAUGAGGUGUAUUUAAUACAUUGAGUGAGAGGCACAUUGUCAGUGCAGGUGAGAAGUUGGUGUCGCAGAAGUUAGAAACAGAACGCAGGUUGGAAAAGACAAGGUCAAGGGUAUUGCUGGAUAUGUUUGUAGAGUAGUUAGUCCAUUGGAAUAAGGCCAAAGGAGGAAGUGACAGCUAGAAAGCACUCUAAAUGCUAUUGAAUUGUUAGGUUGGUUAAUAGAGAUGUUGAUGUUACCAAAAAUGAGAGAAGGAAUUGCAGAGGAGAGAACGAAGGAAGCAAAGCAGAAAAAUUAUCAAGACAGGCUAGAGAAGAGCCUGGGGGAAGGUAGACAAUGGCAACAUGGGGUGAUUUGAACAGUAGGAUGGAGUGGACUUCAAAAAAUGAAAAGAAGAGAAGAGAACAUGUGGGUAAAAGUUGGAAGCAAUAAUGAGAGGAUUGCAAAAACCCAACCCCCCUCUAGCAUUGCAUGACCCGGGAGAGUGGGAAUGCAAUAAGCAGGGCCUCCAUCAGGGCAUGACAACCAUAACAGUUGUCAUGGGCCCGGCCAUCCUGGGGGGCCCGGACUGCUCAGGUCGUCCCGGGCCCCACAUUCAGUGGCGUACAUGCUGGGGUUGCAGGGGGCCCGGCCGCCCUGCGACCUGGUAUGUACCCAGUGUGGCCAGUCUCUUCUCCUGGAGGGCCCAGCACCCGGCAGGCGGGCACAAGGGUGCGCGAGGGAGCACUCUCCCCUGUGUGUGUUAGUGUGUGUGUGGGUUCGUGUGUGUGUGAGUUAGUGUGUAUGUGUCUAUUAGUGUUAGAGUGUGUGUGUGUUAGUGUUAGAGUGUGUGUUAGUGUUAGAGUGUGUGUUAGUGUGUGUUUUAUUAUGUGUGAGAGAGAGUGUGUUAGUGUGUGUGUUAGUGUGUGUCAGUGUGUGUUUUAGUAUGUGUGUGAGAGAGUGUGUGUUAGUGUGUGUGUGUUAGUGUGUGUCAGUGUGUGUGUUAGAGAGUGUGUGUGUGUGUGUGUGUGUAGUGUGUGUGUGAGUUAGUGUGUGUGUGAGUUAGUGUGUGUGUCUGUUAGUGUUAGAGUGUGUGUUAGUGUUAGAGUGUGUGUUAGUGUGUGUGUGUGUUAGUGUGUGUGUGAGAGUGUGUGAGAGUGUGUGUGUGUGUUAGUAUUAGUGUGUGUCAGUGUUAGUGUGUGUCAGUGUUAGAGAGUGUGUGUGUGGUAGAGAGUGUGUGUGUGUUAGUGUGUGUGUGUGUGUGUUAGAGUGUGUCAGUGAGUGUGUUACUGUGUGUGUCUGUUACUGAGUGUGUUAGUUUGUGUGCAUCUGUUAGUGAGUGUGUGUUUUGUGAGUGAGUGUGUGUAUGUCUGUCACUGAGUGUGUGUCUGUCAGUAAAUAUGUGUAUCUGUUAGCUAGUGUGUAUGGGUCUGUUCGUGAGAGUGUGUGUGUCUUAAGCACUUACCUUUCUCCAGUGCCGGACUCCCUUGGGGCUGGGGAUCUCUCCGCCCUGAUCCGCCUCUCAGCUCCGAAUGCGCAUGCGUGGCAAGAGCCGCGCGCAUUCAAACCGCCCAUAGGAAAGCAUUACUCAUGCUUUCCUAUGGACGUUCACGGUCUUCUCACUGUGAUUUUCACAGUGAGAAUCGUGGAAGCUCCUCUAGUGGCUGUCAAUGAGACAACCACUAGAGGCUGGAUUAACCCUCAGUGAAACAUAGCAGUUUUUUGAAACUGCUAUGUUUUCAGCUGCAGGGUUAAAACUAGAGGGACCUGGCACCCAGACCACUUCAUUGAGCUGAUGUGAUCUGGGUGUCUGUAGUGGUCCUUUAAGUGUAUCUGCAUGCACUGGUGUACAUACCGCAGUCGCAGAGGUCGCAACCCUGCGACCCCUGCGACCAGGUGCCCGCCGCCAUGUGUUGCGGCCCCAGCCCGCGCAGAGUAAACCCGCGCAGACCUUGAGCUGUGUCAGGGGCCCCAAAAUUUCUGAUGGCAGCCAUGGCAAUAAGCCAUAUGCUAGGGAGAUAGUGCUAGCAGUGUCAGAUGGAGAGAGACAGGUUAACAUAGAAACAUAGAAACAUAGAAUGUGACGGCAGAUAAGAACCAUUCAGCCCAUCUAGUCUGCCCAAUUUUCUAAAUACUUUCAUUACUCCCUAGCCUUAUCUUAUAGUUAGGAUAGCCUUAUGCCUAUCCCACGCAUGCUUAAACUCCUUUACUGUGUUAACCUCUACCACUUCAGCUGGAAGGCUAUUCCAUGCAUCCACUACCUUCUUAGUAAAGUAAUACUUCCUGAAAUUAUUUUUAAACCUUUGCCCCUCUAAUUUAAAACAAUGUCCUCUUAUUGUGGUAGUUUUUCUUCUUUUAAAUAUAGUCUCCUCCUUUACCGUGUUGAUUCCCUUUAUGUAUUUAAAUGUUUCUAUCAUAUCCCCCCUGUCUCGUCUUUCCUCCAAGCUUUUAGUCAAUGCCAAGAAGUUAAAUCAAGAAAUGAGGUGUUAGUGAAUGGCAGAAGUUUUUGUGUUGUUGCAGACUUAGAAUGCAUUCUAAAAAGCACAACCUAAAGAAUAGAAAAAGAAAAGAGGAUCUAAUGAACAAGCACCCCUUUAUCCUCUUCCCCCCAACCCACCCCCUCACAGAAGUCUGGUAUACUCAGGGUUUGUAGUGAAAGAAGUUCUUAUGUUUCCUUUUUCUGUUAGCUUGAGUAAGGAUUACAAUUCUCAGCAGUGGCAACCUGGAAUGUAUGAUUCAUAAUAUUUUUCUAUUUGUUGGGAUUUAGGGUUAGCAAUAGUUAAAUUGACCAUUAAAAGUUUUACAACUCUGACAACACAAGGAUUGAGGAGUAGAGGAGAUGUGUUGCCUUGAUACCAAUUCUAGACUUUGGACCCUAUAAAAGUCCCACAGUGUCAGGUGUAUUUAGUCAGACUUUGUGUAAGAGAGUACAAGGCACUAGCAAUAAAAAGGCCGUUAGAGAGAGAAUAGCAUGUUCAACAUUUUCAAAAAUAAUAUUUUGCUAUGUUGCUAUGAUAAGCUCAUAUUGUCCCUCCCAUAUUUGGAAUCUCUCCAAUAAUGAAUAAUAAUAAUGAAUUGUACUGUUUCUGUAAAAAAGAAGCAAUAAAGUACCUGAAAUGUAGUUACACUGAUUUAGUUGAUUUAACUACAUUAACAGAUGUAGUGUUGCUACUCCCGUGUCUCCCUCCCUCCAAGUCAACGGCGCCACCAUCACCUCUUCCUCACAGGCUCGCUGCCUAUGUGUUCGCUUUGACUCUGACCUGUCCUUCAUCCCUCAUGUCCAGUUGAUCACCAAAUCCUGACGCUUCCAUCUCAAAAACAUUUUGCGCAUCCGCCCCUAUUUAACGCUGCAUGCGGCUAAGGUGCUGGUCCAUGCCGUUGUUCUCUCUUGCCUUGACUACUGCAAUCCUCUUCUCAGUGGUCAUAUGUGUUCCCUGCUUGCACCAUUGCAAUCUAUAAUGAAUGCGGCGGCAAGGCUUGUCUUCCUGUUCGCCCGCACCUCCUACCCCUCCAUCUCCAGUCAGUCCCUACAUUGGCUACUAGUAAGAUAUAGGGCUUAAUUUAAGAUUCUGAUGCUUGCUUACAAGUCUCUACAUAAUGCUGCUCCAACAUACCUAUCCUCCCUAAUACACAAAUAUGUCCCGUUUAGGCCCCUAUGCUCUGCCGAAGACCUACAUCUAUCCUCUGUCCUUACUCCCACAUCUGAUGCUCGCCUCCAUGACUUUUCCAGGGCUGCAUCUUUUCUGUGGAACCCUUCUCUUCUCCUUAAGACUUUCACCCAGUCUCCACUCCUUUAAAAAUUCAUUGAAAACUCCCUUCUUCAGGAAAGCAUAUCAAUUAAACUGUUAGCAGGUUUUCAGCCCCCCCCCCUCCCCACCCAUGACUCCUCUCCUGAAACUGCCAAAAAUAAGUUAUUUUCAGCAAACUUCUUCAUUACCCCUACUUAUACCCUUUGUGUCACUAUAUCCCACUCCCUCUAGCAUGUAAGCUCAUUGAGCAGGGCCCUCAACCCCUCUGUUCCUGUGCGUCCAACUUGUCUGGUUACAAAUAUGUGUCUGUUAGUUCACCAAUUGUACAGCGCUGUGGAAUUAUUUUUUCAGAAUUAUCUACAAAAGUGAGAAUUUUGGGGAAAUCAAAGUAAAACUCAAAUGGUAGACCAAAAUAGAAAAUCUAGAGGCAUAGCUGACUUUUAGAAUUUCUCCAAUUCAUCUGUUUUGACCUUAAAUUUGAAAUACCCCCAAAUUCUCACUUAAUAAAUAACCCAGUAUGUGUUCGCUUGCUUCACUGUUCCCAGGGAUUCAACCACCACCCUAGAGUUGAAUGACAAUAUAAUCCAAAAAUGUAAAAAUAAAAAUUGCACUCAUUAAAAGGUUUUCUUAUUCGUGUGUAAAUCUAUCUAAACAGUCUCUGUUAUAACCCUUUCACUACAACACUCCUCCCUUUCCUGAGAUACUGAAAAGACAGUCACACACAAAUUCGGAAAAUAAUAUAUCUAUGAAUAGCCAAGACAACAGUGUUCCUACUUUUUUAUUCUAUUUCAUAACUGGAUAAGUGAAUAAUAUUAAAAAAAUAUGUCCAAAGUGCUUCACUCUGAGAAUUCACUAGGUUCAUUAGGUCUCAUCCUGCACUUUUCCUAUACGAUAUGGCAUCUUAAAGCCAUCCCCAGUUUGAAUAGUUGAUUUGACUUUAUUGCAAGCAGUCUCCCUACUCUGUGAUAGCUGGGUGCAAUGUGUAGGUUCGAUGUACAGUUAGUUAUGUUAAGUAGGAGUUUUCUUUAAAGGAACACUAUCGCGUUAGGAAUAAUAUGUUCGUAACCCUACACAGUUAGCCUACCUGUUUAGAUUCAGAUCCCCCCCACCAAUUAAUUAAGAAGAUAAUUUUACCUACCCAUACUACCUCACCAUGUAGGACUUGCCUUUCCAGCUGAGAUAAUUAGUCAUAAUGAACUCAGCCAAGUCAAUGCUUCCCCUUAGGGUAAUAUUGGGGGGCUAGUGCACAUGUGUGGCAGCUCGUAGUGCGGUGAAAAUCUGCAUCUCUAGUCAAUGCAUCUGUCUGACGAGCCUUUGAAGUCUCCAUGCAAUAUGACACCACCUGUGUUAUGACGGAGUAUAAACAUUGCCUUUUCUCAGACACUGCUCAGCCUGCAAGGACAGGCAAUAUGCCCGAGAACCACUACAUGAAGUUGUAGUGGUUUCGGUGACUAUAGUGCUCUUUUAAUUAAUAUCAGGCAUGUAGACACCAUUAAGUCUGAUUUUUGAUUAUAUUUUGUAUGAUUGGCAACAUCAAAACGCAGCAUUUUUUUCUCAUUUGCUAUUUGCUUCUUCUCAACCAUUUCUUCCAAAAUUUCCUGGAUGCACAAUUAGAAAUGAAUGGGUGACCCUCCAUGGAUAUGUCUAACAAAUAUCUUUCCAAAAGGCCUUUAUUAAACUAAUAAUGACUAUAACAUGUUGAUCUGCAAUAUAGUACAAAGGAAAAUGUUGCAUUGGUCAAAUUCAGGGCCGGCCCAAGACAUUGUGCUGUCCGGGUCCCAGUAUGAAAUGCUGCCCCCCGCCCCGCCCUCCCUUUUCCCUAAAAAAACAUAUAUGCUUCUGCAGUGGUAGUGUCUCUAUGUGGGUGUGCUGGGGAUGAAGUGUGUGUCUGUGUGUUCUGGGAGUGAAGUGUUUGCCUAUGUGUACUGGGGAUGUAGUGUGUGUCUGUGCGCUGGGGAUGUAGUGUGUCUGUUUUUGAGCUGUGGAUGUAGUAUAUGUCUGUGUGUUCUGGGGAUGUAGCGUGUGUUUGUGUGUAUGCUGGGGAUGUAGCUUGUGUCUGUGUGUGCACUGUAGCCAACCCUUACCUAUACACUGUCUGUGUGUAUGCACGUGUUUGUAUCUGUGUGUCUGUAUCUGUAUGUGUGUCAGUGAUUGUAUCAGUUUGUCUAUGUAUCUGCAUGUGUGGCAGUGUUUGUGUCUGUGUGUCUGUAUAUCUGCAUGUGUAUCAUUAUGUCUGUGCAAUUGCAUGUGUGUCUGUAUACCUGCAUGUGUAUCAGUGUGUCUUUGCAACUGUGUGUGUGUCUGUGUUUCUGCAUGUGUGCCAGUAUAUGUAUCAAAUAAUACAUGAAGACUAUGUAGGUUGAAACAUUGUGAUUUGGAUGUGGGUUAAUAAAUUGCCUUUUGUUGAAUUCAGGAGUGCCUGGACCUUUCUACAUCUUUUACAUUAAGCAUUUGGUUUUUGGUACUAAGACCUGGUUUGGUUGCACCAAGCUUCAGAUUUAACAGGGAUUGAGUGCAGUUUUAUCUGUUGACUUUGGCAAGUAUAUGUAUCAAAAACUGACACACAUGCAGAUACUGACACACAUACAAAUGUAGAGACACACUGAUACGUCUGCAGAUACACCGACAUACACACAGACACAUACAGAUGCACACACUGCCACAUAUGCAGAUACGCAGCCAUACAGAUACACAUUACACACAUACAGUAUACACCAACUACACACAUAUACACACACCACACAUACAGAUACACACACCACACAUACACAGAUACACACACCACACACACAGAUACACACUCCACACACACAGAUACACACUCCACACACACAGAUACACACUCUACACACACAGAUACACACAUACAAACACACAGAUACACACUACACACACAGAGAGACACACAUACAAACACACAGAUAUACACACUACAUACAGAUACACACACAGAUACACAUAUUACACACUUCACAUACCCAGAUACACACACUACACAUACCCAGAUACACACACUACACAUACCCAGAUACACAAAUUACACACAUACAAACACACAUAUAUACCUACACUACAUACAGAUACGCACACUACACACACAAAUGCACACACAUGAAAGAAGCCCUGCUAUACCUCCUGUGGACCGGCAGGGGAUAUCCCGGUCCUCGUGGGGGAAGAAUACCCCCAAAGCAAGACAGGACCAAGCGACAACACUAACAGGAAAACGAGGCUGUCGAGGCCCAAGCAAGAUGGCGCCACAAGCACAACCCGUGACUAAAAGCCUCCCUGUUAAACCACCUGACUGCACGCUGGAAUUCUAUGACCGGCUCUGCACCGGUCUAUGGACCAAGUUCUGCACCAGGGGAUGGCUCUACAAGCAGGCGACAAAAGAAGCGGCUGUGUGGAUUCGCCCUGCCACUCGGCGCCAAAUGAGCAGAGACCCACCCCGAGCCCCCAGAGAGGCCGUCAGACGGAGACGAGGUGUAAGAUCAGGGCGGCAGGAAACGAAGACAUACCUGUCGGACGCCAACACUAGCCCUCGUGCAAGCCAACACGGGACUCUAAAGUACGCCCGACCCACUCACCGCUCAGCGACACCCAAAGCCCUCAACCAACGGAGUACAUCCCCGCUUCUACAGACUUCCGAUGAAAGCAGCGAGGACAAACGGCAUUCAGGGCGGGUGCGUACAGGGGACAGAACCGUAUGGAGAGCCUCCCUGGGAGACGGAACCCCAUCAAACCACCCACCCUACCACCGUCCCCAACCCACAUGCCAAAUUCUCCGAGCCGGCAUCGGCUGACUGAGAUGGAUCUACCCAGAGAUAGACUGUGUCCCUGCAGGCCCAAAUGUAGAGACACUGCAAGAUUCCCUCACACAGUCUAUGUCAAAGUGCGAUUAUUAGUAGAUCCUGGGACUGCAGCUAUAAGGACUCUCUUCACCGCAGCUGAGCACGGUUCCUAAUUAAUACAUAUGUUUUGCAUGCCCUGCUUUGUUGUUCCACGGAGCUCUGUUUUGACUAACCGCUGUCCCAUUUCGGCAGUCUUAUACAUGCAUUGCCAGUUUCUUAGAGAGGGGAAAGUACUUUAUCGUUAUUACUAAUUCGACACUCCAGUGUACUACCCCACUCACACUUAACUCCUUUAUCAGCUUGUCCCCAUCUCAAAUGUGUUUAAUUUUGUUAUUCUUCCUUGUAUCUUGAUAACUAGCAUGUACAGCAUCUAAUAAGCCGCAGCUCAGAUAGCUUGUUACUCACUAAUCUCAUAACGACAUACCAGCCAGCCGAACAACCUACUUGUUUAUUGUUUAUUGUAAACGCGCAAGUCACACCAGCAAGUUUUAAACCACACACUCAUGUCUAUACAACCCACAUCAACCAUGUCUUAAGUUUCGCUAUAUACCCUAGACAUCUUUGAAUACCAUGUUACUGCUACUACAAAAAGAAAAAUGUGUGCAGUGACCUACUAUGCCCUAUAUGUGUUCAUUUAUGUAUUUGCCAAUCUUGUACUUGCUGUUGGGGCAACGCAAGCGCCUGUAUCAUUUGUUUGCACCACAAAAAUAAAGAAUUAAAAAAACAAAAAAAAACAAAUGCACACACAUUACACACAUACAAACAGAUACACACACACAAACACACAGCUACACACACAUACAAACACACAUUAAAAAAUUAAGCCACCCAUUAGGUUCUUACCUUCUGCUGGCUGUGGCUGGUGGGAGUUGGGGGCCUGCUCUCCUGAUCCGGCCCCAUGCUCACAGCUCCCUCCUCCCGCGCUGCUGUGUGAAUGAGCUGGGAGAAAGUGAUACACUGUUACUUCCUCCCAGUUCCCUGUGCAGGAUAGAAGGGGCCCAGUCGCGCUGUUAAAGCGCCACAGCGCACGACCGGGCAUAUGCCAAUCGGGUGGCCCUAAAAAGCCCAAAAAAGGGAGCAUGUCAGUGUGGUAUGAAUGCGUGCCAUCCUGACUAAACACCUCCCACUCAGGGCAGACCACGCACAGAACUCUACUGACUUUCUUUCCAGAGAACUACAGCAUAAUUUACUAUGUAUGUGCUUUCACUGCAAUAAUGUCACAAUUAUUUUUUGUGACUGCCAGUUAACCACUGCAUAUAUUUUUAUUUAGUCUGUUAACAGUGUAUUAAAAUAUAUUUUUAUAUUUGUUACAUUUAUUCAUUUACACUCUUCCUAUAAAUGUGCACAUUUCAUUUCAUUAGCAAUGCUUUUUUUUAUACAAGGAGAACAUUUAUUCAUUACUAAAACUUCAAGAAUGUGCAUUUGAAUUAAUGAAACAAACUAAAUAAAAGCGUUGGAAGAAUUACUAGUUCAGCUAUUUUGGUCUAAAAUAUUAGAUUCCCUGGUCAAUAACUCAAUCAAUGUUCAUGUUCUUUGCCUUUUAUAAAAUAAUAUGCAAAAUAUUAUAUUAAAUUAAAAUUUGUGGGAAGAGAUCGAGAAGGACUUAUGUGCCCUCUGCUAAUGUGUUUCUGGGCAUAACUGGAAUUUUCCUGUGAUUUUUUUUUUUUGCAUUGACUAUUCCUUUUAGGAUAUUUUUAGUGGUACAGAAAGUAGCAUGCAUCCGCUUGGAAAAGAACCCAGUAUGAGUUCAGAAAGCAGGGAUAUUGAUCAGAAUUAAGAGAUAAUAAAACGAAAUACACUAGAUAGUUUAAUAAUCUGUAAAAUAAAAUCUAUAAAUGUUCAUUGUAAUAUAGUAUUGGAUUACAUACUAAUAUCUUUGUAUUUAAAUGCAGGAGUUAGUAAAUGGACAGCCCAAUGGACCCCUUAUGGACAGCGUGAUCAGAACUCUUGAAGGUCCAGCAACAACUCUAUAUCAGGUAAAGUUUGUUUUCUAAAGUAUCAUUCAUUCAAUUAAUGAAUCCAGUUGUUAUCAUCAUCAUCAACACUUUAUCUGCAGAACACACUAAAUAUCAUAAUGUAUUUUUUUUACAAAUCUUAUUAUUCUUACGAUGCUACUUGCACUAAUUAUUGUCACCGCACAAAAUGAAUAUAUACAAUGUGCAAUCCAUCUGUAAUCUAUUUUGCUGGUGUCCUGAUUAUGUUAAUAUCUGAAUAUCCAUGUGUAAAUGUUAGAGAGGGAUGUAUGUAUGAACACAUUUCUCUUUUUAAUUGCUGUAUACUGGAGUCUUUCUUCUCAAAGUUCAUUAUCUUUUUAGAUAAAGAGAUCGAAUUGGAGCAUUUAGUUCCACUCUAUGACUGAUCUGGUUAGGAAUCACAAUUUUGUUCUCGUUUUGUGUGCACUACAUAUACUGUACAUUGCUUAGAAUGUGUGCUAUCGUCUCCCAGAAGAGAGAGAAAAACCAAGGACUCCACAUGUGAGGACAAAAGUUCUACCUAUAAUUUUACCUAAUAAAGUUAAUUUAGCAGUGAAUGAGUUGAUUGUAAACUGUUCGAAGUCACAGCAUGGCUGUUCCAAUUUUAGAGAGCAGUUCCACUCACCCUGUGUGAUGACUGGAACCAUUUUUGGGGGAUUGCACAUUCCUUAUUUUCCAAAUAUAUAUAUUCAAAUGGUAAAUAUAUUUUUAUUUUUUAGGUUCUAUCUUUUUUCUUUGUAUUACUUAUAUAAAACCUGUUUGUACUUUAUUCUAAGGGAUUUCUGGAAAUAAUGCUGUAUUGCCGCAGUAUAUAAACCGUCUAGUUAUGAUAUAUUUCAUGUGAUGACUUUUGUUACACAGUGGAAAUGGAGAUGACAUUCUCUGUCAGCCACAAGCACUGAAAGAGUAAUAUUGCAGAUAAUAGGUAAUUAAAGGGUGUUCUAUAUCCGUUAAGUGUCACGGCUCCCGGUCGGCGACACCAUGUGACCGCACCCGAUCGAUGCGGUCACUUAAAAAAAUAAAAUAGACUUACCUAAGUUGCGGUGAAUCACAGUCAGAUCCGCCGGUGCGUCCAUCCCCAGCGAGCGUGGCGUUCCUAUGGACGCCGGCCGAUGUAAAAGCAGCAACUUAGGCGUCUGAAACAUUUACACAAAAUAGAAUAAAGUAAAGGAUCACUAUAGUGUUAGGAAAACAAACUUGUUUUCCUGACACUAUAUACUCCUUAGAACCCCCCACCCUUUAGGCCCCCCUCAGCGCUGAUGACCUCUCCUCCCCCGCCGACAUAAGCUCCCGAGUGAAGCGGAAUGCGCAUGUGCGGCAAGAGCCGCGUGCACAUUCAAACAGUCAAUAGGAAAGCAUUUCUCAAUGCUUUCUUAUGGACGUUCUGCACGCCCGAUGCAGAGGUACCUCUAGCUUCUGUUUCUCUGAAACUGAUAUGUUUACAUCUGAAGGGUUAAUACCUGGGGGACCUGGCACCCAGACCACUUCAUAGAGCUGAAGUGGUCUGGAUGACUAUAGUGUCCCUUUAAGUGUUUCUCAAUGCAUAGAAGCAAAGAAGCAAAUAGCCUGCCUUUUUAUACAUUACAUAAAUCCACAGACAGAAAGAUAUAUAUGUCCAUUUUAAUAUCGACAAUAAUGUUUGGAGAAUGUCACAAGAUAGUGUGUAAAAUUUGGGUGACUACUUAAUAUCAGUAAUAUGACUACUUUGGGUGACUACUUAGUAUGUGGUCAGAGAGCAAUAUCCAAUUUAUGCAAUCCUAUGACCCGUAGUGAUACUUUUAGGUCUAUAAAAAGUAUUAGUAAGCAGAUACUUUAGUUUGUAUAGCUCAUUGAUGCCAACCUUCCUUUUAUUGGCCUCAUAAUGUGUAGGUGUGCCAUAGUGCUGCUCCCUGGUAGAAAUGAACAAUGAAAAAUGGCUUUGAACUGUGGGAAAUGAGUAAACAGAAAGAAUACGUGUUUGCUCAGCUGCCCACACCACCAGCCCAUUUCCUUCCAUGGCAAAGAAAUUGCUUCAUCAGAUAUAAAAAUGAAUAAAACUAACAGGUAGUUUUAAUAACCUGCAUGCAGCCAUUAAAUUUUAUAAUAUAUCUGUUAAUGAGGCUUUAAUCAAAUAACUCAAAUUUAAAAAAAAAAAGCGUCACCUUUAACUAUAUCUUGGUUUUCAAAUAUCCCUGUACAAAUACACCACAGUAAAAUAGAAUAGAAGUGUGUAAAAAUUAAUCAUUUAACUGCACUGGUAAAAUGUGUAAAACUAAAGAGAUAUAAAUUUGGAGGAAAAUAUAUAUAGAGGCAAAUACCUAUCAACCACACUUAGGUUGUGUUGGUGCCUGGAGUGACCUUAAAACAUGACUAACAGACUCUAGAAUGAGUAGCUUCUAAUUCUUUGCAGAGCUCAUGCUUACUAUAUGUAAUAGGGAUUUUCACAAAUAGCAAAAACGUAAAAAAUAAAUAAAAAUAAUAAUAAAUGCAUGUAUCUAAAUAAAAGUAAAUAAAUAAAUAAGACAAAAAGUGUAGUAUGCAAAAAAGGUGCUUCAAUAAUAAGACAGUGAAUAGCAGCUUAACACGCUCAUGUGGGGUUAACCUUACUCCCCUUACAAAAUACUCAAUAUUAAAGGAACACUCUAGGGUCAGGAAACAACCAUGUAUUCCUGACCCUAUAGUGUUUAAAAACACAAUCUAGCUCACAUGGCCCAGACUUAAAUCUUACUUUGAUUUAAGUCUGCAGCUGCUGGGACUGCCCCUGAUCUGCCUGCUUUGCUGACAUUAUCAAAAGUGAUUCUCUGAGCCACUCACAAUGCUUUCCCAUUGGAUUGGAUGAGGCUACCAAUAAGGCAGAUCAGGGGCAGAGCCAGCACAAGCCAAACACAGCCCUGGCCAAUCAGAUGAAUCAAUGCAUCUCUAUGAGGAACGUUCAGUGUCUGCAUGCAGAGGGUUGAGACACUGAAUGGUAGUACUGCACAUUGUGCAGCAUUGCCCCAGGAAGCAUCUCUAGUAGCCAUCUGGGGAGUGGUUAGUGGAGGUAUCCCAGGGAUUUCUCUGAAAAUACAGUGUUUACUGCAAAAAGCCUGCAGGGACUGAUUAUACUCACCAGAACAAAUACAAUAAGCCGUAGUUGUUCUUGUGAAUAUUGUGUCCCUUUGACCAAAUAAAUGAAAGCACUCGUGUAUAUAGUGGAGUGCUUGAAAUGGGGUAUCUUAAACUUAUCUUAAACUAUCUUACCGAAUAUAAUAUUUCUCUGUAAGGAACAUUGGAAGUGUUUGAUAACAUGUAUGUGAUGACAACUAACAUGAAAACAUCUGAUAUUCAAAGGCUGUAAAGAGGAAGUGUGGUUCUAGAGGCUGUCUGCCUGACUCUUUCACAUUAUGCAAGACAAACCAUAUGAACAGCACAUCACGAAGAGGAGACUGCCUAUUUAGCAAUACUAGCAAAUUAGCAUUAUUAGAGUUGUGCAUUUGUUUCAAAAGAAUCUAAUUUCAUCAAAAUUUUGAGUGAUCACUUAUUUGCCCGAAUUUCAUAACCAUGAAUUUCAUAUGGCCGAAUCACGAAACAAAUAAAAAAAAGGAAUGAACAAGCUAUUUUGUUUGUUUAUUAUUCUGUGUUACAUCCACGGUGCCAAAAAAAAAAGGUGAUUGAUUAAAAAAUAUUAUUCAGACUCAACUUUAUCACUGUACAAUGUACAUAAAAGGACAAUGAAACAUAGGUGGCCUCUGAUCAGAAAUGUAGCAGCAAUUAAUAAAAAAUACUAUAUAAAAAUGCACUCUCAAAUUAAGCUUUUUACAGUCUAUUUCAAGCCAAAGCUCCUCUAGUACUUAAGAAUUACAAUCCUUCUUCACUGAUAACAAGUUUUCAACAACAACAACCUAGUAAGACAUUAACAUUAACAUUACACAAUAGUGCCACCACAUACAAAUUCAGCAAUACAACCCAUAGCCCUCAAUCCAAGUAAGAUAUCUAUCCCAUAAAACAAACAUAUCUGUGCAAUAAGUGUGCCAAACUACCAUACAGUUAAUACAUCUAGUGCAAAAAAAUUCCCAAUCCGUAACAAUAUGAGAAAGAAUAUAUAUAUAUAUAUAUAUAUAUACACUAUACUUUUAGUAAAUAUAUAUCGAUUUACAUUUGGUAAAAAAAUUUCCACUUGACCUGUGAACAACAAAAUGUGCCUAACAAAAAAUGUAUACAUAUUAUUUGCUUUGCAGUUCUUCUUGGAGUGCAGGUGUUGGAUUCAUAGUAUUCAUAUUACACUAAUUGGCCAAUGUUCGCUCUAUUUUGGACCAUUCAAAUAAUUUUUCUUUAAAUGAUUCCAUGGACAGAAUUAAUCUGAACCAAAACGCUACAUGUUGAAAACCUGACUUACUUGAAAGAGUUUAUUUUUUCCAGAUGAAUCAAUUCAGACUGACCAAUAUUUGUUCAAUGCACACAUGUCUAUGUUUUGAGGGAAACAAAUAAAUCUUUUAAUUUGUUUAUAAUAUUUUACUAAUCAAAUAGCUAAAAAUCACUGUAUGGUUCCCAAGGCACCCAGACCACUUCAGCUUAUUGAAGUGGUCUGGGUGCACUGUCCAAGGUCUUUUAACCCUGCAGCUUUUAAGAAACUGCAAUAAUUACCUACCAAGGUAACUCCUCCUCUAGUGACUGUCUACCAGACAGCCAUUAGAGGGACUUCCGGGCUGUAAGGUGACUUUCCUUGCAUGGGGACAUCCAGGGUCAUCCAAAACUCCAUAGGAAAGUAUUAAAUAAUAAUAAAGGGGCCUUGGCGAAGGGGGAAGCUAUAGUGCCAGGAAAACACUUUAGUUUCCCUUUAAAUAUUCAAGUUUAUUCAAAGUGAACUUUUCAUUCCCCCCAAGUAAAUAACCCUGAUCAUUUUGUCAGAGUCCAUACAGAUGUUUAAACUGAAAUUGGAUAAAUACUUGCAAAAACAUAACAUACAGGGAUAUAAUUUCUAAUUACUGGGGUAAUAGCUGCUCGAACGAAGGAGCCAUCUGACUGCUAUUUUGGGGUCAAGAAGGAAUUUUUUCCUAGUUUGUUGCAAAAUUGGAAGCGGUUCAGACUGGGUUUUUUGCCUUCUUUUGGAUCAACAGCAAAAACAUAUGUGAGGAAGGCUGAACUUGAUGGAUGCAAGUCUCUUUUCAGCUAUGUAACUAUGUAACUAUGUUAGAAGGUUUAAUCGCUUAACUAUGAAUUGGAGCAAAUUAAAAAUAUGAAGUGUUAGAAUUUUCAAUAUUAUUUACAUAAUCUUAUAGUGUAAAGUGAUAUUGAUUAGGCAACUAUUUCAAAGGGUGAAAAACUACUUUAAUAAUGUAAAUAAAAUAAAAACAUAAAAUAAUGCUAAUUUGAACGUGAUUUUUUUUAUUUCAGUAUCAAUAUAAACUGUAUAAUAACUGAAAGAGACAUUUUGUUGAACUUAUGUUUUAUUUUUUUUUAUUUUUUUUGCAUAUUUUGUAUUUUGUCACUAAAUUCAUCAUGCCAGAAGUGACGUCUGUUAAUACUUUAGACCAGGGGUGCCCAGAAGGUAGAUCCCCAGAUGUUAUAGAACUACAAGUCCCAUGAUGCAUUGCGUGUCUUUGCAUGCUUUUAGAAUGACAAGGUAUCAUGGAAGUUGUAGUUUUAAAACAUGUGGGGAUUUACCUUUUGGGCACCCUUGCUUUAGACAAUGCAUGUAUAAGAUAUAAAUGGGCACUUAAAAGAGAAUCUUAAUAUAUAUAUAUAUGUAUCUUUUUACAUCCAGUUUGACACAACCAACCCCAACUCAGUUUCGUUUGCUUUAGAAGGAGAAGUAGAAGGUAUUUUUGAAAUUCUAAAUCAAGGAUUACUCCGUUCUACAAAACCCCUUGACCGUGAAACCAAGGCAUUGUACAAACUAAAGGUAACUUUCCCAUAAAACAAAACAUGAAAACCUCACACUGAAUUAAGCAGUGAAUGUGGUUUGUAAAUACAUGAAUGUGGUUUUAGCAUUAUUGUUUAACACAUUUUACCUUUGAGCAAACAAGACAACCAAAGCCAUACACAAAAACAGUGCAAGGAAUAUAGACAUUAAUCAAUAUUUUCUUAAUUUGAAUGUUUAAUCAUAUUGUGAGUUGUUGCUUAAAGAGGAUCUGUCACUUCUAUGGAAUUCACGCCUAUGAAGCGUGUUAACCUUUUUUCAUGAGAUGCACAUAUAUUUUUUUAGAUUAUAAGUAAGAUUUAGAAAAUUACAUAAUUAUCCAGUUGCAAAGCCAGGGAAGACAUUCCUUAUGAAGAAGAGACUUGGGUUGUUUAGGUCUAACGUUUACAAUAACACUAAAAUGAAAAAUAGAGAUAUAUAGCUCAUAUUCUUAUGUCUGGGAGUCUCCAUAUUGGCUCAUUAUCAAUCAUUGUUAUGUAAUUAGCACCUGGCAGUCAGCAUACACAAUACAAGCGUAAACAGAAAGAGAGACAUGCAACAACAUUUCUAUUUCUCAUCUUCUUUUGCAUGCCAUGGCUUUGCCUUGUCUGAAGUGGAUUAUGAUAUAGUUUCCCAAAUCUUUAUAGAAAUCUCUAUAUGAAUUUAAAAGAAAACAAAGCAUCUCACUAAAUGAAGGUUCAUUUAAGUUAUUGGUGGUUUUCAAUGUUUUAUUUUUGAUGGUGUAAAUUCCAUAGAAGUGACAGUACCCCUUUAAAUAAAUAUUUACAGACAGGUACAUUCUUGCACAAAAUGUCAAAGUCAUGUGCUUUAAGAGUAUUCAAUCAGCGAAGCUGGGGACUUGCAAAAUGCUCCCUGUCCCUCCACAAGCUCGAGAAUCUGGGACAAGUUACUCUUUUAUACUGUUUUAAAAUACCCAGCCCUUAACCUGCCUGUGCUUAAAUAUUCCCAUACCUCCCAACAUUGCUCCUCUUCAAAUCGGGAGCGGAGUCCUAAGAGGGGCAUCGCCAGUGAUGUGAACAGUGCCACUGGUGAGGUCCACAAUGGUUGGGCCAUUCAGGAAAGAAGCAGCCUCAUCCAAGAUGGGGUGGGUCUACCCCAAAAAUGGACAUGCCUACCAUCUGACGGGCAGCCUGCUGAAGCACUCCCUGCAUUGUCUUUGUGCCUGCUGCACAGUGCGAGCGGGUCUAAUGCCACUGUGCUCCCCUGGGGUACUGAAGUGCAGGACACCGUGGAACUAAAGCAGAACAGCAACUCAGCACCACAUAAUCGGGACUGUCCUGCAAAAAGCGGGACAGUUGGGAGGCAUGUACUGCUCAUAGGAAAAAGGGGGAUGUGUCGGGUGCUCACUCCAAAACAGAAAAUUAGUAGGCAGCAGUAACCAAUACAAGGAUUCCCAGCCUUGCAAAGAAACAGUAUAGAAAAAAGGAAGGAGGAAACCGCGCCUUACAUAAGUUGUAUAUACAUACACUUGAUGUUUCUUAAUAGUUGUGGAUGAUUUAUCCUCAAAAAGAGAACACAAAGAGAAAAUAUACAAUAGUGUAGUAUAUUUAACAAUAUGGAAAAAAGGUGAUAAGGAAAACGGAGAUAUUUUAAACUCACAUUUGGUAGAGCUAUUAUGGAAGCUCUACCGUGAUUAGCGUGGACGGUACAAUCCCCGUUUUAGGAUUAGAGGUCCAACGUCUUUGGCUCUCCGAUGGUAUAGUGUUGCAAAUAAAAAAUAGGAAAGAAGAAACUCCAAUGGUGUAGUAGUUCCAGCUCCAAGUGUAAAUUAAUAAAUGAAAGUAAUUAUACUCACAUUUGCUAGAGCAGAUAACUUGCUCUAGUAUGUAGGGCUUGCAGUGGUAUAAUCCCCACUGUAGGAUAUGUAGGCCAGGAAGUAGAUGAUGAAAGUAAAUUGUAUAGUAAAAUAAAGUAUCACUUUAAAAAUAUAUUUAAUAGUAGUACAAACAAAAUAAAAUGCUAUAUAAAAUAACACUUAACGCGUUUCGCCAAUGGCUUCAUCAGAAGUGUAAAACACUAUACAAUUUACUUUCAUCAUCUACUUCCUGGCCUACAUAUCCUACAGUGGGGAUUAUACCACUGCAAGACCUACAUACUAGAGCAAGUUAUCUGCUCUAGCAAAUGUGAGUAUAAUUACUUUCAUUUAUUAAUUUACACUUGGAGCUGGAACUACUACACCAUUGGAGUUUCUUCUUUCCUAUUAUUUAUUUGCAACACUAUACCAUCGGAGAGCCAAAGACGUUGGACCUCUAAUCCUAAGACGGGGAUUGUACCGUCCACGCUAAUCACGGUAGAGCUUCCAUAAUAGCUCUACCAAAUGUGAGUUUAAAAUAUCUCCGUUUUCCUUAUCACCUUUUUUCCAUAUUGUUAAAUAUACUACACUAUUGUAUAUUUUCUCUUUGUGUUCUCUUUUUGAGGAUAAAUCAUCCACAACUAUUAAGAAACAUCAAGUGUAUGUAUAUACAACUUAUGUAAGGCGCGGUUUCCUCCUUCCUUUUUUCUAUAAUGUACUGCUCAUAAUAUGAAGAGGUUAAGAAGGCCCACUUGAUGAACUCCAGGUCCCCAUAACUUUAGCUAAUACAUGUAACAAUACUUACUCCUUCUUUCAUUCCAAUAACAUGAUUGGGAUUUCAACAUAUAGAAAACUAAAAUAAAAAAGCACCCAUAUCUUAUUUUAUAUAGUAUAGCUUACAAAUAAUUAAACAGAACCAAACAGAUGCAUAUUUUCCUUCACACAAUUAGAGUAAUUUUUGGCCUAGGAUGAGACUAGGUACUAAGGCAAAAAGCAGCUAAAUUCAGUACUUGACAUUUGCCCUAGAUUGUUUAUGAGAGCUAUAGUUUAUGUUUUAUAGAUCUGUGCUGACUUCCUGUUGCACUAUUACACUGUAAGGCUGUUUAGAUAACCUUGUCUCAAGUAAACCUAAAUAAUAAGGUAAGAAUACAAUUAACCUCGCCUUCAGUGUGGUUGCAUUUUUUAUUAAACCACAACUGAUACCAAAUUUCUAUUUCAUGAUUUGUAAAAGUUUAUUAAACUUUUUAUGAAACGUAAUGUUUUUUAAAAUCGUGUAUAUUGUUUUUUUUUUUGGUUUUUUUUGUUAGGUAAGACUUUACUGUUAGCUGACCAAUGUCUGCUCAACCUAACUUGCCUGUUGCUGCGGGUUCACACAGAGCAAUUACAGCAGCAGGCAAGUAGGCUGAGUAGCAGUCAGUCAGAUAACACUAAAACAUGACCCAACAUGGCUGCUUGGUCAGAUAUUAUAAAUUACAUUUUAUAAUAAACAAAAAUUCAGUAUACAUUUUAAAAAAUGUUAUGUUUUAUCACAUGUAUUAAACUUUCAGACUACAGUGAGAACUGUAAAUGUUGUCCUUUAAGUCAGAAUUAUGUAACAGACUGUGCGGAUGUAACAGACGUUGCAUUAUUAUCUUGCAUUUUAGGUUAAAACACUAAAUGCCGCAGGACAUCUCGUUGAAGGGCCAUUCUCUGUAGACAUUAUUGUUGAGGAUAUCAAUGACAAUCUGCCAGCAUUCAACCAGACUGAAUAUACUGGUGAAAUCCGGGAGCAAUCAAGACCAGGUAAUGUAGAUAAGAAAGAACAAUCAAACAAAAAGGUGUGAAUAAGAUGAUUCAAAUAUCAUUGAAAAUGUGUGAACAUCCACAGAUCAAUACUUGCAACAGUGUUCAGACAUUCUGGUCACUCCCUCCCGGUUGCGCUGUUAAAGGGCCACAGCGCCUGACAGGGCCCCUGCGGAAACAUGCCCACCAGGUAGCUUUAAGUGCAUGGGCCACCCGGUGGGCCCCCUUAGUGUGUGGGCCAGUGCCCCCAACAAUUUAUUUUAGAAUCGGCAAUCCCAAAAUAAAUUGUUGUGUGUAGAGGGCAAAAGGGGCAGCUGCUUUGGGCCCCCCAGGAGUAACUAAGCCCGGGGCAGCUGCUCCGUUUGCCCUGUGUUAAAGAGAGCCCUGGUCUCAACUGUAAUUGGCUCAGCUGUAUUUUUGCCUAAAUUUUGCUAUUAUUGUCAACUCAUUGCUAUUUAAGGUCUGUUAACUGCACUAGUUAGGAAGUCAUGAAGGGAUUGCAAAUUUUAGACCAAAGUAGCUAAAGUGAGAUAACGAGAGAUAGUUGAACAAUGUAACCAUAUAGCAAAAAGAAAGUAAAUACACAUAAAUGUUUUAUUACUACGCAGUCUUUUAAUUAUUUUGGUUCCGUCUCUCCAAAAUAGGAAAACAAAUUGUCACGGUUUAUGCCACGGAUGCUGAUGACCCUGAGACGCCAAAUGGGCAGCUAGUUUAUAAAAUCACGCACCAGAUACCAGACCCAUAUAAAGUCAUGCUUUUCCAGAUUAACAACAAGACUGGGACAAUCUCCACCACAAUAAACGGUAUGUAUCAAGUAAUCAAUUAAACUAAAAGAAGCUCUUUACAGAUUAACAUGAGCUCAGCCAACAGCUGGCCCUAUUGCUUAGGCUGCAAAAGGAAGCAUUUCAUUGAUAAAAAAAACAAAAACCCAACAACACAAGACUGCACCACGUACAUCCAGCACACAUGUCACUCUUCCUCUUACUGUGUAUAAACUGAAAAAACAAUACUUUUUUUUGGGGGGGGGGGGGCAGAGGGGGUUGAAAAUAGUAAUAAGACAACAGUUUGAAAAAAUUUAGCAAUUAAAAUAUAUUCUUCUAGUUAUUUUUUUUUUUUUAAAUGUUAUUAAAGGGGUACUCCCCUUUUCACUAGUUUGCUUUCUGUACUUUAUAAUGCCCUAUUGCACACUUGUCAAUUGAUUGAAACCCCUAUGAAAUAAAGUUAAAACUUACCUUGAAUCCAGGGCUGGGCCAAGUUCUCCCUGAUUGUUUCCACUCCCCAUCUGUUAUCCCAUCUGCCAUUACAAUGUGUCACUGCUUCCCUCUCUGAGGGCCAAUCAAAUGCUUCUUAUAGAGGAGUACCUCCUGCCAUGGUGUACAAUAAAAGACCUAAUGGGGGAAUGUGGGAGACGUGGUGAGAAAGUCUACAUAUUAUACCUUACUGUGAGGAUUUAGCACAAAAAAGCCCAAUGCAGGAUUUGUAUAAGUGUUUAUCCUUACAGCAGGCUUCCCCAAACUCUGGCCCUCCAGAUGUUACUGAACGACAACUCCCAUGAUUCUAUGAAUGAAAUAAAUAGGCUGAGAAUCAUGGGAGUUGUAGUUCAGCAACAUCUGGAGGGCCGGAGUUUGGGGAAGCCUGCCUUAUAUAAUAUUCCAAACUGACAGGGAAACAGUCAACAAAAUUUUUUGGAAAUCAUAUCUUGAAUAAAAUACCAUUAAAUUGGGUAAUAGUAACAACCCCUGGAUGUUGGGCAAAAGAAACCUCCCCAGAACGUACUUGGAAACCAGAGCAAUCUGAAUGUACCUUUCCUGGUUAAAUACUUUGUUAUUAUUAUUAUUUGUUAUUAUUAAAUCAUUGAUAACUUGGGUUAACAUUUUUUUUUCAGCGAUGCUCCUCCUUCUUUUUAAUUUUUAUUAAACAUUUAGCAAAUAGCAGGACAAUCCUGUUCAGCCGAGGCACAGACAGGGCACAAAUUGCAAAUGAGGGAUGAGAAAUUGAAACAUUGUAUCAUUUCUCUUCUUUGUAAUAUGGUUUCUUUAUGCUAACUGACAAGAACAGUGAUCUAAGGGAACUAAGAUGGAUUGUAUCGGCUAGGAGGAUAAAGAGAUGAGGAUUUCUGCAUUUAAUUUGCUUUUCACACAACAUAAAGCUAUAUUUAACUGUAGGGGAUAAGUAAGCAAAAUAUUAAAAACCAUGGAAAAUAAUAGUUUCCCUUUUAGAAAGUGUGUAAAAGUACAAGAGUUUUUAUCACAUUAGCCAUUAUGCAAUUGGACAUAUUCAAUAUAAUGAGACAGCGACAUAUGAAUUGUGUUUAUUUAUUUACUGAUUUUCCAUAAACUACAUAUCUUUUAAUUGGUGUGAUGCUACUUGCUUUAUGUUUUGCAGCUAUCAUAGUUAUUGCAAGAAGUAAUUCUAAUAGAUGAGACACUAUUUUUCCAGCUAGUAUAUUUUGUAAAUUUAAAUGGCCAUAAAGAAUGACCUGAACUUUAAACACUGUGAUGUGAAUGUUUUGAAAUUACUGUAAAAUAAAAUGGUUAAUCUUAUGUCCCAGUCAUUCAGUUUAUUCAAGAUAGCAGAAUAAUACACACGUACGUCAGAUUUCUACGGGCUUAGCCUUUUUUUUCUGGGUUACAUUAAAUAAAUUGGAUGUUUGUGUAAACGGAAAAGAUUAAGGUCAGGACAGGAUAAUGUCUGCAUUUUGUUCACCAAUUCUUUAAUAGAAAUGCUUUAUGUGUGUCAGCGUGAUCAUUUUAACUCCAUCACAAGUCAUUGAUGGACUGGUCUUCCUAAGUGGUUUUCAAACUUUGUAUAAGUAACAAUAUUCAAUUUGUAUUUUUAUUAGAAAUAAAAAUGAUUAAAGGGACACUCCUGGCUGAAAGUGUCCAGAUUGUUUAUGUAUUCUACAGGUAAUGUAAUAAAUGUAUUAAAAAAGCACAAAUGCAAAACAAAAAAGACAUUCACAUUGAAAGGGACACUAUAGUCACCCAGACCACUUCCGUUCAAUGAAGUGGUCUGGGUGCCAGGUCCCCCAGUUUUUAACCCUUCAGAUGUAAACAUAGCAGUUUCAGAGAAACUGCUAUGUUUACAUUGCAGGGUUAAGCCAGCCUCUAGUGGCUGUCUUCCUGACAGCCGCUAGAAGCGUUUCUGCGACACUGGAUGCUUAAUUCGCAUCCGUCGUGCAGAACGUCCAUAGGAAAGCAUUUAGAAUUGCCACGCAUACGCAUUCCGCUCCACUCGGGAGCCGACGUCUGAGGGGGAGGAGUGGUCACCAGCGCAGAGGGAGCCCGGCGCUGGAUUAAAGUAAGUAAAUGAAGAGGUUUUAACCCCUUCAGCACCAAAGGGAAGGGGGCCCUGAGGGUGGGGAGGGUCCUAAGGAUGCUAUAGUGUCAGGAAACGAGUUUGUUUUCCUGACACUAUAGUGAUAGUACAUUAAUUAAUAUACAUGCAUCAGCCACAACAUCAGAACCACUGACAGGUGAAGUGAAUAACACUGAUUAUAUCGUUACAAUGGCACAUAUCAAAAGGUGGGACAUAUCAGGCAGCAAGAGAACAAUCAGUUCUUUAAUUUCAUGUGUUGGAAGCAGGAAAAAUGGGCAAGCAAAAAGAUUUGAGUGACUUUGAGAAGAGCCAAAUAAUGAUGGCCAAAACUGCAUGCAGUGGUUAGUACCUACCAAAAGCGGUGCAUGGAAAAAAAGGUACUUAGGAAGCAAAGGCUAUCCUGCAGUGGCGUACUAAGAGGGCACGGUCCACCCCAGGUGCCACCAGGUAGGGCGGUGCCAUGACCCUCACUCUGGUCCAGGGACUUAGGGGUGUGCUAGCUGUGCGACUGACACAGCUCACACAUGGCCGGGUGACAAGAGUGCAGGGGAGGGAGCUAGAGUAGGUGGGGGGAGCUAGAGCAGGUGGGGGGAGCUAGAGCAGGUACCCGGGUGGAGAAUAAGGAAAUCUAUGAAAAAAAAUAGCGAGGUGGAUGGGGACAUAGCUUACCGAGUGGCUGGGGCAGAGCUUAGCGCGAGGUGGAGGUGGGUCUAAAAUGGCAGUGGAGGCGGGACUAAUACCUACCAGAAGCCCCUGGUAACUGCUGCACAGGAAGUGGGAAUUACUUAAUUACAGGAGCUGACUGCCUCCACUCCUUCCUUCCAGCCAUAAUGGAAAGAGGUAAUUGUAUGUGUGCCUGUCUGUGUGCCCGUCUGUCUGCCUGGCUGUCUGUGUGCCUGCUUAUCUGUGUGCCUGCUUAUCUGUGUGCCUGCCUGUCUGCCUGUCUGUCCAUCUGUGUGCCUGCCUGCCUGUCUGUCUGUGUGCCUGCUGGUUUGUGUUCCUGCUUGCCUGUCUGUCUGCCUGUCUGUGUGCCUGUCUGUCCAUCUGUCUGCCUGUCUGUCUGUCUGUCUGCCUGCCUGUUCGUCUCUGUGCCAGCCUGUCCAUAUGUGUGCCUGCCUGUCUGUCUGUGUGUCUGCCUGUCCGUCUGUGUGCCUGCCGUCUGUCUGUGUGCUUGCCUGUCCGUCUGUGUGCCUGCUUGCCUGUCUGUCUUUCUGUGUGCCUGUCUGUCUGUCUGCCUGUCUGUCUUUGUUCCUGCCUGUCUGUCUUCCUGCCUGCCUGUCUGACUGCGUGACUGUCUGCCUGUCUGUUUAACGGUCUGCGUGCCUGUCUGCCUGUGCAUGACUGUAACUGUGUGUGUGACUGUCUGGCUGUACCUGUGUGUGAUUGUCUGCCUGUUACUGAGUGUGUGUGUGUCUGUCUGCCUGUUUCUGUAUGUGAAUGUCUGCCUAUUACUAAUUGCCUGUGUGCCUGUAACUGUGUGUGACUGUCUGCCUGUAACUGAGUGUGUGUGACUGUCUGUAACUGAGUGUGUGUGACUGUCUGCCUGUAACUGUGUGUGUGUGUGUGUGUGUGACUGUGUGCCUGUUUAAGUGUGUGAGGGGUGCAGGGAUUUUGUAUUGGAACAGGGGUCUUGUAUAAGGGGGGCUGAGCAGGGUAUUUGUGGAAGGGGAAUGCAGGGUUUUGUAGAAGGGGGCACUACAGGGGUUUGUAGAAGGGGGGCAGGGCAGGGGUUUUGUAGGAAAGGGGCAGGGCAGGGGUUUUGUAGAAGAGGGCUAACAGGGGUUUUACAAAGUUUACAAAUUUGUGCAAUACAUAAAAAAAAGAAAGAAACAUUUUUAAAAAUUUGCAGGUUUUUUUUUUUUGAAGGGGAGGGAGGAGGCAGGGGUGCCAAACACAGGAUCUGCCCCAGGUGCCGAAUGCUCUAAGUACACCCCUGCUAACCUGUCUUGUUCGAUCACACAUAAGUGUUACUGUAGCUCAAAUUGUAGCUGAAAAACGUAAUACUGGCCUUGAUAGAAAGCUGUCAGAAGUGCCUUCAAUGGGGACUUGAGAGUCAAAACUGGACCAUGGAGCAAAGGAAGAAGGUGCCCUGGUCUGAUGAAUCACAUUUUCUUUUAGAUGCGAUAGAUGGCAGGGAGCAUGUGUGUCAUUUAUCUGGGGAAGAGAUGGCAGCAGGAUGCACUAUAGGAAGAAGACAGGCUGGGCAAUGUUCUGCUGGGAAACCUUGGGUCCUGGCAUUCAUGUGGAUGUUACUUUGACAUGUACCAUCUAACUAGACCCCUUUAUGGCAAUGGUGUUACCUGACAGCAGUGGCGUCUUUCAGCAGGAUAAUGCUCCAUACCACAUUGCAUGGAAUGUUGUGGAACAAUAAACCUGAUCCAUGGAGUCUACACCUCGCAACUGUCAGGACUGAAAGGAACUGCUGCUAAUAUCUUGGUGCCAGAUAGACCCCUUGUGUACAAAUCUCUUCCAGCUUCAUUGAACUAAUCAGAUGCCGGUUAAUCAAUGGACAAACUAAUCAAUAUGUUCCAGGGAUGGCCUGACAAAUUGAUUCAUUACGCAGUUGAGUGUUUUGUGAAUAUUCCUCUGAAUAAUUCUUUAUUUAUUUAUUUAUUUUACUGAAAUUCCCGAAUCCCGGAUAUUCUGACAGCUUAGUGAAUACCUUUGUAUGUGCUUCUGGCUGUAUGUCUAUGUGUUCCAUUUUCUUUUUUGCAGACUGUUUUGGACUGGUUGUAUUAAAUAAUAAUUAAGACUAAUUUGUUGAAAAAUUUAAACAUGAUCUUGAUUUUCUCUUCAUUUAUAGGAAGCUUGCUCUUGAAAAAAGAAACCCAUGAUCAGUAUGAGCUGCUUGUUAUUGCAAGUGAUUUAUCGUUUAGUGACAAUGUUAAGGUGAUAAUUAAAGUGACUGAGAAUAUCUGGAAGAAUCCAAAACCUGUUACUAUUGUGGAAAAUUCCACAGAGCCUCAUCCUAUGAAAAUUACCCAGGUAAAGCAUUCUUGUUUGCUUACAUUAUAGAAUGACGAGGCUUGUCAGAUCACACCUCAGCUGUUCAUUUUGAAUAUACAAGACAUGAAAAGUUCUGACCUCUUUUAUAAACAAUCCAUUUUUUGCAAGGUGGAAAUUAAUUUAUGAAUCAAGAUAUUUUGUUUUGGCAUCCCUCUAUUAUUUAUUAGAUGAUUUCCCUCUUGCAUCAUAUUAAUUGUACAUACUACAGGGCAGCAGUAUAAUGUAAUAAGUUUAAUUAAAAAAAUAAAAUCUCUGUAUGAGAAAGUGUGGGAAACAUAUAUUGAAGCGAGAAUUUUUCAAGCUGAUUUAAUAUAGCUAAAUUUUAAUUAGCUGUCUGUGCUAACAUUUUAUCAUUAUUAUUAUUUAUAAAGCGCCAACAAGUUCCGUAGCGCUGUACAAUGGGUGGACUAACAGACACGUAUUUGUUUUAUUGAGGGCCCUGCUCAAUGAGCUUACAUGCUAGAGGGAGUGCGGUAUAGUGACACAAAAGGUAAGGCUAGGGUAGAAAAGUAGGUUUCUAGGAUAGUAUUCAUUGAGGGCUUAGUGUUUUGAUUACCGUUUCAGGAGAGGAAUCAGGGUGCAGGGAAAGAAAGCUGUUCACAGUUUAAUUGAUAUGCUUCCCUGAAGAAGUACGUUUUCAAAGAUUUUUUGAAGGAGUGGAGAUUGGGUGAAAGUCUAACAGAGAGGGGAAGGGUGUUCCAUAGAAACGGAGCAAAGCGGAUCUUAAAUUGAGCCCUAUAUCUUAUAAGUGACAGUUCCUGUUUAAAGGGACACUUUAGACUAGGGGUAGUCAACCUGGUCCCUACCGCCCACUAGUGGGCGGUUUGGGAUUUCAGGUGGACAGUGGUGGGUUCUGCAGAAAACAUAUGGUGCGCCUCAAUGGCCAUGGACCAAGGCCAGCAGGGGAGAUCAUUUCAUCAUUUGACCUGCCAACCCAUGCAGAGCCAGCCUUGCUGUAAGCCCUCUCAGGCUAGUGAAGAGAUCACAGAUACCAUGGCAAAGCUCAGAUACAGUGCUGUGCUCACAGGAGGACAGGAGAGUCAGCCUGCAGCCGGAGGAGCUGCAGGCUAAAGUGAACGUGCCAUCACUGGAACACCAUGGCUUCCAGCAUUAAUGUCCCUCCUCCCUGGUAAAAGGUAAGAAGAAGGCAGGGGGAGAUAUUAAGAUAGAUUUUCACAUCUCACCCACCUACACACAGCAUAGACUAUAUGCACCCUUCACACACACUACACCCCUCACACACACACACUGUCCCUACACACACACUACACCCCUCACACACAUACACACACACACACACACACACACUGCCCCCUCACACACACACACACACACAAACACACACAGACUGCUCCCCUCACACACACUGCCUUUCCUCACACACACACUACCCCACACUCAGGGCCGACCUGUAGAAAAUAGAAAAAAAAAGGAAGAAAGAAAUAGAUAAAUUUAAGUACAUAUUUAAAAAUAAAAAAAAAUCACACUUGCGCUAUAAAAUUAAUUACUGUGGAACUGGUGGGAGGUAAUUUUGCAAAAAGUACAGAUUUCAAUAGAAAUUGACACUUUUAUAAAUUAACCUGGUUACACCCCUGUGGCUGUCAAUCAGACAACCGGUACUGUUACUUCCUGGUUUGGUUAACCCUUUUGGACUGAAGAGGCAGCAAUUACCCAGAGCAAAUGCCUUGCAAAGACUGUUUAUUGAGCUGCAUUGGGAAGUCUGUGAUUGGACAUCCCCAGAAAGCCUGAGUGGGGUUAGAAGGGGAGGGUUUGCAAAGGCAGCAGUUUUUACAAGCUGUUUUUAGGUAUACCCUCAAUGAAAAAAAAAAAGCAUAAUUAAAUACAUACAAGUUUCCAUUUGGGGUAUAUCUAUUAAACAGUGAUAUUUAUUUAUAUUUUAUUUGGGCAGUUGAGUGUCCCUUUAAGCCUGGUAAAGCAUUAUGGGAGUUGAAGCUUUACAAUAGUUGGGGAUCUAGCUUGUGAAUUGCCAUUCAAGAUGUGUUUAAAAACGUAACCUUUAUGAAAAACUUUAAAAUUAUAAAAAUCUUAUAUAGUAAACUUUGGUAAAAAAAAAUACUGUACUGAAUAACAAGCAAAUACUGACAUUGCAUAACAUCUAAAAUGGUGGGUGUACACAAUGUAUACAGUGUGAAAUUCGAUACAUCACUUGUAGCUUACACUAUAGCACAGGACGCAAGAGUAAUGUUUUGGUAUUUGAGAGCACAGUUUGUAAAAUGAUCCACGCAAUGGAAAUUUUAAGCAGAUGUUGCCUUCUAAGAGCCAAGACAGGAUGGAAAGCUGAGUCUAUUAAUGCUUUCUGAGAAAAAUAGUUGUUUAACCGUUUUUGUGCGUGGCGUGUCUAACAUUUUGCAGCUUGAACAUCCAUGGUUCUCUGGGCAAUUAAAAUAUUUAAAGCAAAAUUAAGUAAAAAUGGGUUUUUAGCUAGAAAGCAAUAUAUAUUUUCCAGGAAACAGUUUUAGGUUUCCCAGAAUGCAAUGCAGCAGGAGAAGCCAUCUUGCAUUUCGUUUUAAAGCAGGCCUUGCAAGAAGCUGAUGUGUGAUAAAAUGGCUGCUAAUUAUUGUUUUUUACAUUUGAUAGUUGCAGAAUGAUGAUCAGAACUCAAACAGGCAGAAGUAAUAAAUAUCAGUUCUACUAUUACCUUUUACAGUUCUGUUACGUCUCCCUGUUCCAUGUGGAUGGCAAGCACACAGGCAUAUGUUACAUUCACAUUAUGCUAUUAAAAUAUAAUUUUUCGCAUACAUUAGGUCCAAUGGAAUGAUGACAGCGCCAUUUAUGAACUACAACAAAGAGAGAGGUAUCCGAAAUUCCCAUUUUCCAUUGAUGAAGAUGGAAAUAUUAAUGUGACUGAGCCGCUGGACAGAGAGGAGAGAGCUCAGGUAGGAGCUUGUAAUAUGGUGUUUGUAUGGUUGGACUGCAGAUAUAUAUGGGAUUGUGUGAAGCAGUCAAGGGAUUCAAUCUGGUUUUUACCAAGCAAUGAUAAGUCAAUCAAUGAAUGGUCUUUAACAAUAUAAAGGCAUAAGGAUAUUUGGUGAAUUGAUAAGAACAUGCUCAAUUUACACUUAAAGGGACACUAUAGUCACCAGAACAACUACAGCUUAAUGUAGUUGUUCUAGUGAGUAUAAAAGCUCCCUUCUGGCAUUUUCAUGUAAACACUGCCUUUUUAGAGAUGGCCACUGGAGGGGCUUUCUGGCUCAGGGCUGCACAGUAAGCAGCCCUGCUGUUCAGCAUCCCCACACUCUGCAUGGUGACGCUGAAUUUUCCUCAUAGAGAUGCAUUAAUUCAAUGCAUCUCUAUGAGGAGGUCCUGAUUGGCGAAAAUGUCAUUUGGCACCACCCCCGUGCUGAUUUUAGCAAAUCUCAUAGGAAAGCAUUGGAUUGGUUAAAAAUUUGCCAUUUUGAUGUCACAAAGGGGGGUGGAGCCAGCGCCGGCAGACCUGCGCGGCCCUGGAAAUAAGGUGAGUUUUAAACUUUUAUAGGGGGAAUUUUUAAUAUCCAUAGCAUUAGCAGCAGAAAAAGGUUGUUAAUUUUCUUGGAUUGUGAUUGAAAACACUCAUGACACAGGACAUUCAUAAAGCAAUUCAGUUUUUAACACAAUUUAAAGGGCUACUGUAACCCUUUUCACAAUAAUCUUUUUUUAACUUUAUAUUGCCCUACCAGGGACUGUUGAUCUUGUCAACGCAAGAAACUCACCAAUUAAAUAAGUUUAAAUUUAAAUCCAGUACCAGGUGAGGUAUACCUCGGGAGGGAAUGGAGCGAGUAUUUCAAUAUAUAUAUAUUAGUGAAAUUUUACUAAAUAAAGGGAGUGAAGAUUCCCCUUGCAACCAUGCUCCCAUAGCUGCCUGCAAUAGUAGAACCCAACUACAUGGAUUCGCCCUUAUUGAAAACAUCAAGUACCAUCUCUGUCCAAACCAAUGCUGCCCAUAGAGAAGCCUUACAGACAUAUGGCGCAUGCAUUAUAAUUGCUCCAUAUAUCUACAACAUCUCUAUGAGAAGAGAGCCUCUUUUAGCUUCAUUAUGCUUAAUGUACCAAAUGUGAAUUCCUUUGAAAAUCAAAGGGUCCAAUAUGUUAAAUGAACAAAGAGAGACAUUGUAAUUUUAGGGAAGUAAGUAGUGGUUGUUGGAGGGAUGUUCUGAGAAAUUGCAAGUUGAUCUAGUAAUAACAAUUUAUGUAAUUUAGAACAAGAAGAACACUUCUUAUCUACGCUUACGUUAUGUGUGUAUUUUUGCUGUGGAACUCAUAUACUCAGAAACACCAACAAUAUUGAGCUCCAAAAAAAAAGAAACAUUACAUAGUUACAUAGCUAAAAAGAGACUUGCGUCCAUCAAGUUCAGCCUUCCUCACAUAUGUUUUUGAUGUUGAUCCAAAAGAAGGUAAAAAACCUAGUCUGAAGCGCUUCCAAUUUUGCAACAAACUAGGAAAAAAUUCCUUCUUGAACCCAAAAUAGCAGUCAGAUGUCUCCUUGGAUCAAUCAGCUAUUACCCCACUAAUUAGAAAUCAUAUCCCUGUAUGUUAUGUUUUUGUAAGUAUGUAUCCAAUUGCAGUUUAAACAUCUGUAUAGACUCUGACAAAACCACUUCUUCAGGCAGAGAAUUCCACAUCCUUAUUGCUCUUACUGUAAAAAGAAAAACCUUUUAUUUGCCUUAGAUGAAAUCUCCUUUCUUCCAGGUUAAAUGUGUGACCUUUUAAUGAUAAAAAAUUUGGACAGAGGGAUCUAGUACCAAAAUAGGGACUACUCUUCCUAACUAGGGUCACUUGGGGGGUACGACUUCACUUCACCAUCAUUUUCUCGCAACAAUAUGACAGUUCCUCACUCUGUUUCGAAACUGAAAGAACUGCAUGAAAAUACAAGAUUCACUUUAAAAAGUAGAGCAAAAAAAAACCCGUUUCACUAAGGCACUUACAUCUCAUUGAGGGGACACCUCCCCCAUAGACUAGAAUGCUUGUGCGGGUUGAACUUUGCUUAAUAUGUUCUGUAUUUGACAACUCUAAAAAUCUUCCACAUCCAGUGUUACAAACUUCAGCCUGUUACAAAUCAACAUUUAUCCCCCCCAAAAAUUAUAGCCUUUCAAUGUAAACAUGAUUAUAUAUGCAGCCAAUUCUUCUUAAUGCAACAUGUACAAAGGUGUGACUUAAAUGAGUCACUGAUCCAAAGCUAGCCAAUAGACACCUGUAGGUGCAUGUUGUAGAGUUAAAGAGAGAAAGACUAUUAAAAAAAACAAUGACUGUAUCCCAUUUCACACCUUGUGGAUGAAGUCCAGGACCUCUGCUCCCGAGUUUAUAUUGUGAGAAUUUAAAAGCUUACAAAUAGAUGGAAGACUUGGAAUGAAAUACCGUAUAACAUGUAUAAACAUGUUGGCGUAAAGAAAACUAUAUUUGUUGCAUUUCAAGGUAAAAUUUUUAUUAUGGUAUGCUCAUUUAUAUACAAAAUAAAUAUAAUAUACAUCAAACAAAAACAUAAUAAAAAUGAACAUUAUAAAUAUCUGGCAAAAAGAUCUAGUAAAAAAACAAAAAGUCCAUAAAAAAUUAAAAAGAGGAAACGUAGAGUGUGCAGAACCUAGAAAGAACUACGCAUACUAAAGCAAGCACUCGCUAAGCUGCUAUAGCUAUCAAUGUUAUACUGAUAUAUUUGCAAAUUAUACUAAGAGUGAAAUGCAGAAUUUCAUUUUUGUACUAUUUUCUAGAGCGUUAUUUUAGAUCCUACUGCACUAUUCAUUGCAAUUAUGUGAAAUCCUGAGUGAUAUCACUUACCCUUUGGAUCCAUAAAUAUCAGAACACUGUAUGUGUCUUACAACUCCAUCAGAGAAAGAUGAUCAGUUGCUUCUGUUACAAAAGUACUUCUCAACUUUUUACCGAGAAGUACCCUGCAGUCAAAAAAAAGUAUCCCUUCCUUGAGAAAGUAAUUUCUAUUCAUUUAAAUUUUAACUAAUUUAAUUAUUAAAGUCAAUCCCAUAGUGGAAAACAAGCCCGAUUAAAGGUAGUAAAGAAAAUGAAAAAAGUAUUACAAAAUGGGAAUAUUGUGGAUGUAAUGAGGAGUGUAUGAAAUAUUAAUCUGAUGUAUAAAAGACGCAAAAUGAAAAUAUAAUACACACAUAAUAAUCAGUGGUGUAUCCUGGUUUUGUGCUACCCUAGGCAGGACAAAAUUUAGGCACCCCCCCCCCUCAAAUCCCUCCUGCGCCACCCCCACCCAACCCUUCCCCCCUGCUCCGCCUUCUAAAUACACACACACACAUUCACUGACAGAUACGCAUUAACUAGUUAAAAGAAACACACACUCACUAACAGACACACUCUCACUCACUCACUAACAGACACACAGACACACACUCAGACACACACUAACAGACACACUCACUCACUAACAGACACACACACUCACAAACACACACACACACACAAACACAAACAGACACACACACACACUAACAGACACACACACUCACACACACUAACAGGCAAACACACUCACACACACUAACAGGCAAACACACACACUCACUAACAGACACACACACACACUAACAGACACACACACUCACUCACACACACUAACAGACACACACACACACACUAACAUACAAACACACUAACAUACUCACUUGUGUUUUUUUAAAAAAAUUUUUAUUUAACUCCCCCAGCCUCCUUACCUUUUGGGAAUGCUGGGGGGUUCUUCCUCUCCCUGGGGGUCCAGUGGCUGCUGGGCGGGCGGUGCUGGCGGGCGACUGGCGACUGGCGAGGGAGCACUUCCCCUGAGCUGUCUGCUCAGCUCCCUCGAGCGCCGCCCGCAGAGUGAGGCUGGGAGCCUGAAUAUGACGUCAUAUUCCGGGUCCCAGCCUCACUCUGCGGGCGGCGCGCGAGGGAGCUGAGCAGAGAGCUCAGAGGAAAGUGCUCCCUCGCCAGUCACCGCCCAGCCCAUCAGCCCGCCCAGCAUGUCAGUUAGCCACAAGGCUAACAACACAUUUACCCUGGGCACUUGGGGGCGGCUUUUUAUGCCGCCCCCUGGAAAAUGCCACCCAAGGCAAAUGCCUUGUUUGCCUCGCGGCUAAAACUUCCAUGAUAAUAAUGACACACAAACAACACCAGCAAAUACACACAAACACAGCUACACUCAGAGGACACUGACACACACACACACUAACACACAGACGACACUGACACGCACACUCACUGAGAGGACACACUGAGGGAUCUAGUGUGGCUGCUGUAAUCUUCAUAGUUUUCUUUCUCUACUCCCUUGACAACUGUUUAGUGAUGCCGGGGUCAGAGUAAUAUCAUAAUCUGGCUCCCGGUAUAACCGCCAAAGGGAGCACAAGAGAGAAGUGCUGGAAGAGCAUGGAGAUUACUGCUCCCUCGCCACCCAGCUGCAGUCUGCCCCAGAUACUGUAUAUGGGCAGGUGCCUGCUCCGCCUAACCACACAGCUGGCCGCCUCAUGGGAGCCCUAAUGUUCCCAGCUCUUAGAGUACCCCUGCUGUUGGUGUACGUACACCCUGGGGUACCCAAGGUUGAGAAAGCAGGUGUUACAGGACAGUAUAAGCAAAUCAGCACAGGGCAAUAGUGGAACUAUGGGAUACAGUAUCUGGUGCGUUAAAAGUAUCACUUUUAAGACUGAGUUGGUGUAACUUUUAAUACUGAUUUCCAUUAUACUCCUGGAUAAUAGUGUGGUAUAGAGUGCAUCCAUCAUAGGUAAUACUAAAACAGAUUAGUUCUUCUAACUUUUUCUCUACUCCGGUGCGUAGCUUUAUUAUCCUGGAUAUGGAAUUCCAUCUUUAUUUCAUCAUAUAUCAUACACACCCAUUCCUUUGAAACAAUUAUGAAAAGAGCAACAACAACAUACCACCCAACUGUCCCUAUUUAGGAGGAGCAGUCCCUAUUUGAGCCCAAAUCCCUCUGUCCCUCUUUUAUAUCCUAAUGUCCCUCUUUUCUAGAAGAUCCAUAUUGUUGGUGUGUCUGAAUGUCUCCACAGCAAUAAUACUCACACUAAUGUGUCUUUAAACAACAAUAAAUGUGUUUAGAAAUCAGUCUGUGUCACUAAGAUACAUUAUUCUUGUUCUAAAUAACAUUUUUGUUACAUUAUUAGUAAGUCACCUAAAAUUUCACCUAAAAGUAUCCCUCUUUGUCCAUUUCAAAUGUUGGGAGGUAUGCAACAGAGUUAUCCUCUGAAGUUUGAGUUCACAGUGAAUUUCAAGUUUAAGGCCAGAGUAGCCGAGCUAGAGCAUUUCUCCAAGUCAGCUCUGCUUCCAUUUCAGCUACUUUGGCCUUAAAUAAAAAAAAAAAAAUACUUUGAAUUUACAACAAUUCUUACUCUAGUAAAUAUCCCUUCAAGUGUUUACUGCAAGUCUUAAUUGUUGCUGAAAAUGACGAUUCUUUAGCUAAUGAUGGCUUUGCAAAUCUAUAAAUAUGUGUUUGGGAGUUCUGCUGAUUCUAUCAAGAGGAAGAUGUCUUACUGUGCAAAUGCAAUAAAUUCUAAGGAUAAUGUAUUUUUUUUUUAAAUGUAUUGAUAUAUAAUAAUUUCUAUGAAUUAAUUGUAAUAUAUGUUUGAUCACUUUUAGUAUAUAUUUUAUGCUUUUGCAUUAAAUGAAAAUCGCGUUCGUUUGUCUCGACCUGUUGAUAUUGAGGUCAAUGUUGAGGAUAUUAAUGACAAUCCUCCAGUAUGCCCAGGUCUUGUGACUCAUUUUGAAGUUCAGGAAAAUGAAGGCCUUGGUAAGAUACAUCAAUUCAUUCUUUAUCACCUUAAUAAAUAAUUUUUAUCCACAGCAAACCAAAACUCAGAGAUAUUUCGUGAAGACAUAUUGAAAGUAUCUUGAUUAAGCAGUUUAUAUAUCAAUCUCUAAUCAACCCCUUUCCCUUCAAACUGUGUGUAUGGGAUCCCACUGUAUGUAUAAAGUGAUACCUUUAAUCCUUAAAGUGUUACUUAUCUUCUCAUUUGCCCUGUAUUGUCCUUAAUCUGCAGAAAAACUAAUUUCUCUACCAGGGCUUCACUCUGCCUUCUAGAUCACAGCAAGGAACUGAUAAUGUUUGUCACUGCCUCCACCCACACUCUACAGCAAUGCUUGUAGGCAGCACUAUAUUUAGCGCAAGGCAAACAAGGCAUUUGUCUUUGGCGGCACUUUCCAUGGGGCGGCAAAAAACGUCACCUCCCAUGUGCCCUGACUUAUGGGGGCCCAAAAGUUGGCUGACUGGUCACCCUUGAGCCCCCCAGGGUGCCCGGACAGUUUCUUAACAGUGAUGCCAGGCGCCGGAGUGACGUCACAUUCCGGCAUUACUAAGCGGCGUGCGAGGGAGCUAAACAGGAGGAUCAGAGCUCCCUCGCCGUCUAUUUUGCGCACCCGCUCUCUCCCCUCCCCCUUGCCUGCCCACCCUCAACCCUGCAUGCCUGCCCGCCCAGUGGCCGGCCCAGCAGCCCCACUGGACCCCAGGUAAAAAUCCACCUAGCUCUGCAAAAGAUAGGGAGGCUGGGUGGAUUUAAAUUAAAAUAAAAGUAAAUAAUUAUUUGUAAAUGUUGGGGAAAAAUGUGUGUGUCAGUCUGUCAGUGUGUCUGUGUGUAUGUUUGUUUGUCAGUAAAUGUGUUGUGUCUGAGUGAGUGAAUCUGUCAGUGAGUUUGUUUGUCUGUCAAUUAAUGUUUGUGUAUGUCUGUGUGUGUUUGUAUGUCAGUGUGUGUUUGUCUGUCAGUGUGUAUAUGUGUCUGUCUGUCAGUGAAUGUGUGUUUAUAUCUGUGAGUGUGUCUGUCAGUGAGUUUGUUUGUCGGUGUGUGUGUGUUUGUGUGAGGGGGCAUGUGUGUUUGUGUGAGUGAGUUUGUGUGUUUUUGUGAGUGAGUUUGUGUUUUCAUCUGUCAAUGUGUGUGUCUGUCAGUGAAUGUGUGUCUUUGUCUAUCAGUGUGUGCCUGUGAGUGUGUGUGUAUGUCUAUCAAUGUGUGUUUGUCAGUAAAUGUGUGUCAGAGAGAGAGAGAGAGAAGGCUAUGAAUACUACAAAUACACUAUAAGGAUUUAUUGCAGGCUGACAUUAAUUAAAGGUCCACUCUAGGCACCCAGACCACUUCAGCUUAAUGAAGUGGUCUGGGUACUGGUCCAGCUAGGUUUAACCCUUUUUGCUGUAAACAUACCUAUGGGUUAAUCCAGCCUCUAGUGGCUGUCUCAUUGACAGCCACUAGAGGCGCUUCCGCACUUCUCACUGUGAUAUUCACAGUGAGAAGAUGCCAGCAUCCAUAGGAAAGCAUUGAGAAUGCUUUCCUAUGAGACUGGCUGAAUGUGCGUGCAGCUCUUGCCGCGCAUGCGCAUUCAGCCGAUGACGGAAGAAGAGGGAGGAGAGUCCCAGUGCUGAGGGAGCCCGGCGCUGGAAAAAGUAAGGGAUUAACCCCUUCCUCCCCCUUCAGCACCACAGGAGUGGGACCCUGAGGGUGGUGGCACCUUCAGGGCACUAUAGUGCCAGGAAAAUGAGCAUGUUUUCCUGGCACUAUAGUGGUCCUUUAAUUAACGCCACAUAUACUACAGAGGUAUAUGGAAGCUGUACUUGCUAUAUAUUGCAGAAUGUGAUUCAACACUGUUAAUUACAUGGUCUUUGAAUCUUAGAGCAGCACCAGACUCUAGAAAUAUAUGGGAGUGACACUCCUAGGCAUUCAUUAAAUCUGUCCCUUUUCUAUUAUUCACACUGUGUUUCUCUCACCCCAGCACUUCUCCUGGAAAAAUGGCAGAUAAACAAAAUUUACAAUUGCAGCUAAUAUCCUGUAAUGAAACUCCCAUUAAGCUCAGGGAGUCUGGUACAUGUAUAUCCCAGUGCUAUGCAAAAAAAUAAGGCAAUUAUGUGUGUGUGCAAUAUUAUCUUACAGUAUGUGUCCUACACCCGGUUACUCACUAAAUCAUAAAUUGUCUGGAAUUCAUCAGAGAAUUGCAUUUUCAAGUAAAAAAUAGCAGCAGGAAACAGCUGAAUGACUUAGAUUUUUAUUUUCCAAUUUGACUGUAUAGCUUAAAAUAUAUAUAUGACUCUAAUGUGGUUCACACUAAAGUGUAAACUGUUUGGGAAUUCCAACUAAAUUUUACAUUUUAGCCAAAAAUAGCAAAGAUAAAAAUAUCCCCUAAGCCAGUUACGUUUUCAGUUAGGCAAUAUUGGCUUCAAAUGUAAAACUUACCUUUAUCCAGAAUAGUUUAACUUUAAAAAAACACUCCAUGCACCUCAACCACUAGAGAAACAUAGAAACAAUGUGACGGCAGAUAAGAACCGUUUGGCCCAUCUAGUCUGCACAAUUUUCUAAGUACUUUCAUUAGUCCCUAGCCUUAUCUUAAAGGGACACUAUAGUCACCUGAACAACUUUAGCUUAAUGAAGCAGUUUUGGUGUAUAGAACAUGCCCCUGCAGCCUCACUGCUCAAUCCUCUGCCAUUUAGGAGUUAAAUCCCUUUGUUUGUGAACCCUAGUCACACCUCCCUGCAUGUGACUUGCACAGCCUUCCAUAAACACUUCCUGUAAAGAGAGCCCUAUUUAGGCUUUCUUUAUUGCAAGUUCUGUUUAAUUAAGAUUUUCUUAUCCCCUGCCAUGUUAAUAGCUUGCUAGACCCCGCAAGAGCCUCCUGUAUGUGAUUUAAAGUUCAAUUUAGAGAUUGAGAUACAAUUAUUUAAGGUCAAUUACAUCUGUUUGACAGUGAAACCAGUUUUUUUUCAUGCAGGCUCUGUCAAUCAUAGCCAGGGGAGGUGUGGCUAGGGCUGCAUAAACAGAAACAAAGUGAUUUAACUCCUAAAUGACAGUAAAUUGAGCAGUGAAAUUGCAGGGGAAUGAUCUAUACACUAAAAUGGCUUUAUUUAGCUAAAGUAAUUUAGGUGACUUUAGUGUUCCUUUAAGUCUAGGAUAGCCUUAUGCCUAUCCUACGCAUGCUUAAACUUCCUCACUUUGUUAACCUCUACCACUUCAGCUAUAAGGCUAUUCCAUGCAUCCACUACCCUCUCAGUAAAGUACGGCAUGUUAGUAACAGUUUAACUUCUUACCUGGGUUCCACUGGGCUGAGCAGGGCUCGAGUCCUGCAGAAACGCGUGGGAAUGGUGUUCCUGCACUUCUUCCACAGCAGAAAUGUCGUUCCCAUUAGUAGUCCUUCAGGCAGGGCCGGCGCAUCCAAUAGGCGACACAAGCGGCCGCCUUAGGGCGCACCGGCCCAGAGGGCGCUAGAUCAGAGUGACCGGCAUGAGGUGGGAGGUGGAAUAUUCCAGCAGUUUGAAUAGCUGUCAACAAUCACUGACAUAUAUUUUCUUUGUAAUAAUAAAACAACUGAGGGAACCUUUUUCAUUUAUCUUUUCUAUAUAUGUAUCUAAAAUUGUGGUCCACGCACUCAAGGAUCAGUUGAACAGCAUGUUUACUUGGAAAAGUGCACUUUUCCAAAUAAACCUGCUGUUCAACUGAUCCUUGAGUGCCUGGACCACAAUUUUGUUCAACUAUCACGGUAGGGGUUGCCAACCCCAGGUCUGGUUGCACCAGGAUUUUGAUAAGAGUGCGGAAUUCCAUCUUUGUUUCUAUGUAUGUAUCCAAACAUUUUAAUUUUUUUUGUAUCUGUUUAGGGAGUUCAAUUGGAACGUUGACCGCCACAGAUAUAGAUGAAGAAUCUUCUCGGAAUUCUCUGUUACGCUACCGCCUCCUGUCCCAAUAUCCUAAAAUACCUGAAGAUGGAAUGUUUCGCUUAGAUCUAUACACUGGAGUUUUUCAAUUAAUUAAAAAUGGACUGAAUAUUAAUGAAGUUGAUCUAUAUGUACUGCGUGUGAAUGUGUCUGAUGAAGGUGUAAAUCCUAGUGGUCAGUAUUAAUUAUUACAUUUUAGAAGGCACAAAUUGUAUAUUUAUAAUAAUGUACCUUUAGGUUGAAUCUUUAUAAACUGAUAUAAUGGACCUUUGUUGAUUAUUCUUAUUUAUAAAUGUGUUUAAAUGGACAGAAAGUAUGGAGCUGAAUCCCUAUUUAUUAGUGUAUUUUUGGAAACGCAUUAAAUAAAAUAAAAAUAUAUAUAUAUAUAUAUAGAUUCAAAACUUUACUCUCUUUUUAUUUUUGAAUAUAUAUAAAGAGAGAGAGUAACAUUUUGAAUGGACAUCAUUUGCCGUAAAUUCCAAGCAUUAACAGCUUUUGCAGUGAUAUUGUUUGAGAUUUGGAACUGGAUGCUAACUCUCAGCCAGUCAUAAUAAUCCUUGAGAAAGGAGUCACCAAAUGUUUUUUUGGAAAAAGCCCACAGGGUUUUUUGGAACUUAGCAAUCCCCCUAACAAAAAUAUUUUUUGAUUGAACACAACUGUAAUUUGGACCCAAAUUCAAAAUGUUUUCUAAAAUAAGAACAAGUGCUGGAUUGUGAUUGAGGCCAGACUCUGGAAAAAAAUAUGCGCAGAUAGACAGGCACAAAUGGAUACAGAACCCCAUAUAUCUUUAUCAAACACAGUACUUUGAAAAAUUCUCUGACAGCCACUAAAGGCGAUAUAUAGAGAUUAGAGGUGCUUCAUAGAGACCAUCUGAUUGGCAUGGCGUUUUGCUAUGAGAAUACAUUGGAUUGGCUGAGAUCAUUGAUCUCGAUGAUCUCAACCAAGAAGUUGGAGCAUCCCUGCAGAGAAAAGUGUGAUAAGUAACUGAAAUGUAACUAAAACUCACCCCUCAAGCCCUUACAUGGCAGGGGGAAGUUAAUACAGUUAACAUGUUUGUAUACCUAAUGCCAUAGGGUUCCUUCAAAGCGUUUUAACAUGUUCAUGUGCUGUAAAUUAGUUAAUGGAAGCAGUAUUCAGUAAACCAUUUAAACAUUCUUUUUCUGUAGUAUUAAAGUUAUUUUUCUUCUUAUUACAGCUCUCAGUACACUUUGUGAAGUUCAUAUAAAAGUAAUUGAUAUCAACGACCAAAUUCCCAUAUUUGAAAAAUCAGAUGUAAGUACAUAUAUGAUUAUAGUAUAUUUUACUUUUUUGUCAUGAAAAAUUUAAUCUAAUUCAUAAGUGUUGCUAUUCUACGGUCAACUGCAAUAUUCAAAAAGACUUGCAUACUUUAUUAGGAAACAAAUGCAUGCUUAAAGGAACUCUCCAAGCUCUAACCACUUCAGCUCACUGUCGUGGUUAUGGUGUUAUAAAUGUCCUGGUGCCUCAAUCUCAGUGAAAGUAGUCAAACUGUUUGCUAAUCGUUUGGCAACUUACCUGGGAUCUCUGAGACCGCUGGUUACCAGUCACUUCCUCCACUGAGAGCCGGAAGCUCCUGCACAAAGCCUCUAUCAGAUCCCCUGUUGUGUAUGGCCAAUGAUCACCUUCAGUGGGCCUAGCUCAAUGGAAAGAGCUUCCAGCUCAUAUGGGAGAGGUAAGUUUUCAAACCAUUAGAAAACAAUUCCAGGCAUCUGAAAUCUCACCAUAACCAAUACAGCAUGCUUUGGAAUCUUGGGAUGACAUAAUGAGGACAAUUUGCUUCCAAAAUGCCUUUACCAGGUUCAGCAGGAUCUUCCUGCACCAUAUUGCCAGAUCUCUGCUAACUAUUUUUCCAAUGCUGAGUUAAAGGAACACUAUAGUGUUAGCAAUAUAAAUCUGUAUUCCUAACACUACGGUGUCCCUCUGCCUCCACCCAACUUCUCCUCAGCAAUGAAAGGGUUAAAAACCUUUUUAACACUUACCUGUCCCUUGGAGCUGGAUCGAUCUGCAUCUCCUCCAAUGUCAGCGUUUUUGGAAGGUCCUAAUGUUAGGCAUGCUUUCCUAUGGGGAAUUACAAGACGCUGGAUGUCCUCAUGCUAAGUGUGAGGAUGUCCAGCAUUAUUUCACAGAGAAACAGCAGAAACUGCAGAAAGAGCCUCUAGUGGCAGUCUGGGGGACAGCCAUAGAGACAGUCUUUACCCUGUAAUGUAAACAUUGGAGUCAAAACCAGAUUUUCCCUCUCUGCUGCUUCAAAGCCAAUUUCCUCAAUGCACCCUAUCCCCCAACCCAUGUGUGUACAUAACACAGGCUCUGGGCAUCACACACAGGUACAAGCACUCACUGACAUGUACACACUGAGACAAGCACUUACUGACAUACACACACACAGGCACAAGCAAUUACUGACAUACACACUGCCACAAACACUCAUUGACAGAAGCACUCACUGACAAAAGCACUCACUGACACAAGCACACACUGAUACAAGAACUCACUGACAUACACACACACACACACACACACACACACAGGCACAAGCACUCACUGACACACAAAUUGCCACAAGCACAAAGACACAAACACACAUUGAUACAAGCACACAUUGCAUGCCCUCAUGUAAACCUGUCCUUACCACAAGAAGUAGACAGGAUAUGAGGAGGUAGGCUGUUUAAGCUUUCUCCUCAGCCGUGUGGCAGCCAUGUGUUCAUGAAGUGGUCAAAGAGAGCCAGGAGUAAUGAAGAACAUGACCGCUGAGUAGAGGGCUGGGGCUCCGGAAGACCAUUCAAUUGUAUCAUCACAUUUAAUUGUAUCAUCAUAAGCUACCUCAAAUCAACCCCCAAUUGCACAGUAGGCAAGCUAUGCCUGCGUUCCUGUAGCCCACAAGGCUUAGCUUGACUGGUGAGCUCCCCCACACACAAUUCAGGCAGUAAAACCCAUAAUUCUGUACUUCCUCUGUGGCACAUAUAUAGGAAGAAUCUUGGCGCCGCCCCUGUCCUGACUGUGGCCUCGAUGUCAUGGCCUCAUUGGGCUUAUGGCAAAUCCAGGCCUGAUUGCAGUUUAUCUAACACUGCAAUAUUUUCACUUGCAUGGUUAAAGACCACUGCACCAAGACCACUUCAAUGAGACAAUGAGAUAAAGUGGUCUGGGUGCAUAUAGUGUAUGUUUAACAUCAGUUCCCUUAUUUGUGUGGAGGGCCAAUGUGUAUGAAUGUAAUAGUAAUACUGUGUUAAAACAAGUGCGUAUUUUUGAGGGUGUACAUGUAAUCCUUUCUUGUUGUCAUAACCAUCCACCUGUCCUGCAUUUAUCAUCGUCUUGCGUCUCUGUCCUAUAUUUCAGUCCUUAUUUCUAUUGUACCUGUGUCACUGUCUGACACCUCUCUCCCAUUUAGUCUUUAUCCUUCAUCUCUCCCUGCUAAUGUGUAUCCCCUACUCCCUUAAUUUAACUGAAAUUUGCAUGGUACUAAAGCACCUUCUGCGUUUUAUGAACAAUACUAAAAAGCUCAAUAAAAAAAUGAGUAAUUCUCCAUACAAGGCACUCAGGAAUUGUUCAUGUGAAUUCAGUAGGCUAUGGUUUAUUCAAUAAAUAGUAAACUGUAGCGAUUGGCAUGUCUAACUAUUUAAACUAUUAUUAUAAUAUAAUAUAAUAAUUACUGAAAGAUCAGCAAUUUUAAAGAUGUGUCAAUAACAUAAAAUAAGCACAUUCUUUAUUAUAUUUUGCAUUCAGGGCAAGCCAAUGACACACGAUAAAGGAUAAAAGGGUAGACUAUGCAGGAUAGGGAAUGUUGGUACUGAAAUUAAGACUCUUUUAUCAGGAGUACGAGUGUUUGAAAGCGCCCAGUGAUUUGUUUUGUUGUGUGACUAAGAGCGGGCUCUUUUAAAAAAAAUAAUAAUAAUUUUUGCAUUUCUUUUUAUGUUUCCUUCUGAUUGUAUUCAUUGUGACUUUAUUUCUACCUUUUUCCUCAGUACGGCAACCUGACUCUUUCUGAAGAUACACCGAUGCAAGCUAGAGUACUUCAAAUACAGGCCUAUGAUGGUGACCAGCCAUUCACCGGGAGUUCUGAAAUCAUUUACGCUAUAGUUGAAGGGGACCCACUGAAAACAUUUGCAAUUGACACUGAUAAAACAACAAAUAAAGGAUGGCUUAAAAUAGUACAUGUAAGGAGCAUUGUUUUUUUAUAUUGUAGGUGAUUGCAGUGUGUAUUAUUUAGGUCUCAGACAGACACAUUUUGGAGGGUGGUAUCUUUACAUGUUGGAUUUUGAGAUAACCAUGGUUGCAUUUACCUUAUUAGAAUAUUAAUGUAGAAUAUUUUGCAUCUCUCUCUCUGCACAUACAAGUAAUUGCCUGCAAAUGGCUGUAGAAACGUCUGUAUGUACAAUAAUAAUAAUUAUUAUUUAGUAGAUAUACAUGCAUUUUUUUUCUUUGGGUAAUUUGAAAUAGCUGCAGAUCUAAUAUCUGCAGCUACUGCAAGCCCUCCCCUUCUUCUCUGCACAAAAGAGAACGUCUGUUCUGGGGAAGGAGGCGAGGAUUUGCAGUUGCAGUUCCACUGUCCAAUGAUCCAAUAACCAAUGACCAAUCAGAGGCUUCUCAUUAAGAAGACUUGUGUACCAGCCGCAAAUCUAACCAGAUAUGACUUUUUUACUGUUUGUUUAACAUAUUGCAGAGUUAGUAAUAUGUUACAUAAAAAAAUCUAUUCAAAUAAAAUACAGUUUUAGAAGGGGGCACAUUGAGGGGGGCAGGCAGUGUACAGUGGCAUGGUCUCUCUCACCCACUGCAUAGUGACAGCGUAGGACACAGGAUGAUGGAAGAGGCAAAGGCCCCUGAACAAUGUCCUAAUAUACUGUGUGAAUAAGCUCCCGUACUCUGGCUGAAUACCUCCUCCAGGUCAUCUGCCUUGCUACUACCAGGGGACUCUGAAGCACUUCAGACCCAGUCACCAAAGCUUGAUUGGGGUCUCUGAGGACCUCUUCCACUUGACCAGACUUCUGUAAAUAUAGCUUUGGAGACCUUCUCUCCUGUAGAGCAGAGAUGAUAGCUUUACUAUAGCUUUUCCCUAUGGAUUAGAUGUAGGGGAUAGAAUGACAUUUAUUGUGCAGAAUACAGCUAUUUAUACAGUGUUAACUCUCCCUGCACUGGGUACUCCAUACAAAAUAAUGCAGAAUUACAAUUGCCCCUCCCCAAGAUCAUUCUUUCUGGGCACUUAAUUAUGUUAUCCUCAGUUCAAACAAUUGGCUCCCUGCUUUGCCCUCACAGUCCUAGAGGCAUAGCAUACAAAAUGUCCACCCAAACCCCCUUUCCUGGACUGUACCCCCACAUGUAACCGAGUGGGGGUUAAAAGCUCAUCACCAAACACCCAAGCUGUCCAAAUAGCACCCUGAUUUGCAAAUCUGUGCCAGAGUUACAGAAUGUUAAAGUUUUACUGGGUCACAGCUAUUCUCCGAUUCGAUGAGGAGCCCCAGGUGUGUGGCGGCUUAGUCUCGGUCUCCAAAAGGGGUUCCUAGACCGGUGGGGAGGAUAAGCGGUCUCAAGCCCCAGGUAUCCUCUGAUGCCUCCUUGCCUCCCUGACCUCUAAUAGAUACCCACUUAAAUAUUGAUCAGACCUCGGCACAGUUCAGAGGAACAGUUCUAGAGUGUUCCAGGGUAUCUCCCAGUCAGGCACUUGAUAUGUAAAACGAGUCAGCUGAUCCCCUGAGGUCCUCAAGUCCAGCUGGGAAGAAAAGUAAGUAUCUGGGGCACUUAUAUUCGUCCCCUUUCAGGGGACCAUAAUAUGUGAGCAGGAGGCUUGCCUUCAAGCUUCUCCAAAAUUCCAUGGCACGGGCGCUUCCAUUGCAUACUGAUGCAAAUAUAUGUGUUUAUAAUCGUAUAUUUAAUGUGCCUCAUAUGUGCACAGCAUUCUUAUCUUUGCUUGCUGUCAUUAGAAUAUUACCAAUCAAGGCUUCUGUUUUACAGCCCCUCGAUUAUGAGUCCAAAGCAGAGUAUAAUCUUGUGAUCCACGCCAUCAACCCAGAGCCAUUGGUUUCAGGAGUCUCCUACAAUGACAGCUCCAUUACGCGCCUAAAUAUCAUUGUAACAAAUAUCGAUGAACGUCCUUAUUUUGAAGAAACUGUAUACCAAACACAGAUAAAAGAGGAUGUCCCUAUUGGAACACUGUUAACUAAGAUAGUGGCCAUUGAUCCUGAAGGUGAUGACGUAAUGUAAGUCAAGCAUAAGUAAUAGUUUGCAUAGUUUAAAAUAGCAGUUUUAACUUCUUGAUAUACAGUGAGGGAAAAAAGUAUGUGAUCCCCUGCUGAUUUUGAAUGUUUGUCCACUGAUAAAGAAAUGAUCAGUCUAUAAUUUUAAUGGUAGGUGUAUUUUAACAGUGAGAGACAGAAUAACAACCAAAAAAAUCCAGAACAACGCAUGUCAAAAAAAAUUAUAAAUUAAUUUGCUUGUCAAUGAGUGAAAUAAGUAUUUGAUCCCCUAUCAAUCAGCAACAUUAUUGGCUCCCAGGUGUCUUUUAUACAGGAAACAACCUGGGAUUAGGAGCUCUCUCUUAGGAUGUGCUCCUAUUCUCAGCUCGUUAAAAGACACCUGUCCACAGAAGCAAUCAAUCAGAUUCCAAACUCUCCACCAUGGCCAGCACCGAAGAACUAUCCAAGGAUGUCAGGGACAAGAUUGUAGACCUACAGAAGCCUGGAGUGGGCUACAAGACCAUUGCCAAGCAGAUUGGUGAGAAGGUGACAACAGUUUGUGCGAUUAUUCGCAAAUGGAAGAAACACAAAAUAACUGUCAGUCUCCCUCAGUCUGGUGCUCCAUACAAGAUCUCACCUCGUGGAGUUUCAGUGAUCAUGAGAACGGUGAGGAAUCAGCCCAGAACUACAUGGGAGAAUCUUGUUAAUGAUCUCAAGGCAGCUGGGACCAUAGUCACCAAGAAAACAAUUGGUAAAACACUAUGCAGUGAAGGACUGAAAUCCUCCAGCGCCGCAAGGUCCCCUUGCUCAAAAAAGCACAUAUACAGGCCCAUCUGUAGAUUGCCAAUGAACAUCUGAAUGAUUCAGAGGAGAAAUGGGUGAAAGUGUUGUGGUCAGAUGAGACCAAAAUCAAGCUCUUUGGCAUCAACUCGCCGUGUUUGGAGGAGGAGGAAUGCUGCCUAUGAUUCCAAGAACACCAUCCCCACAGUCAAACAUGGAGGUGGAAACAUUAUGUUUUGGGGGUGUUUUUCUGCUAAGGGGACAGGACAACUGCACCACAUCAAAGGAACGAUGGACGGGGCCUUGUACUGUCAAAUCUUGGGUAAGAAUCGCCUUCCCUCAGCCAGGGCAUUGAAAAUGGGUCGUGGAUGGGUAUUCCAGCAUGACAAUGACCUAAAACAAACAGCCAAAGCAACAGAGGAGUGGCUCAAGAAGAAGCACAUUAACCCCUUAAGGACACGUGACAUGUGUGACAUGUCAUGAUUCCCUUUUAUUCCAGAAGUUUGGUCCUUAAGGGGUUAAGGUCCUGGAGUGGUUGUUAUUCUGUCUCUCACUCUUAAAAUACACCUACCAUUAAAAUUAUAGACUGACCAUUUCUCUGUCAGUGGGCAAACGUUCAAAAUCAGAUACUGCAGAGGAUCAAAUACCUUUUUCCCUCACUGUACAGAUAAUGCUUGUAGUUAUAGAGCAUAGAAAUUUAAAAAAUAUAUAUAUCUUUUUUUAAAAUUAUUAUUAUUUUUAUUUUUUUGGAGGAGCAGCCAUUUUCUUUACAACAUGAGCUUACUUAGUAGUGGCGAUACAGAAUAUUUAACUGUAAUAGUAUAUAUAUAGUUUUGCUCCAACGUUUGCAUAACCUGGCAAAAAUUGUGAUAUUUUCGCAUUGAUUAUGAAAAUAUGACUGUUCAUGCAAAAAAAAAAGUUUUAUUGAAUGAUAGUGAUCAUAUGAAGUCAUUUAUUAUCACAUAGUUGUAUGGCUCCUUUUUAAAUCAUAAUGAUAGCAGAAAUCACCCAAAUGACCCUGAUCAAAAGUUUACAUACCCGUGAAUGUUUGGCCUUGUUACAGACACACAAGGUAACACACACAGGUUAAAAUGGCAAUUAAUUUCCCACACCUGUGGCUUUUUAAAUUGCAGUUAGUGUCUGUGUAUAAAUAGUCAAUGAGUUUGUUAUCUCUUACCUGGAUGCAAUGAGCAGGCUAGAUACUGGGGAGCAGAAUGGAACUUUAUAAAGAUGGAAAAUAUAUAGAAAGAUACCCAAAGUCGUGACAAUGCCAGUCAGUACUGUUCAAUCACUUAUUAAGAAGUGGAAAAUUUGUGGAUCUCUUGCCAAGCCAAGGUCAGGUAGACCAAGAAAGACUUCAGCCACAACUGCCAGAAGCAUUGUAUAGGAUAUAAAGAAGAACCAACAUGUAACCUCAGGGGAAGUACAGGCUGUUCUGGACAGGCGGUGUGGUUGAUUCAAGGCUACUUCAACAAAAAUGAGCUAGCUCGUCGAGUUGCCAGAAAGAAGCCUUUACUGUACCAAUGCCACAAAAAAGCCCAGUUACAAUAUGCCCAACAACACCUUGACAUGAAGAAAAGGAGGUGUACCAGCGCUAAUAUUUCAAAAUAUUCUGACAAUGCACAAGGAAUAUAUAUAAAAUAGCUGCUAUAACAUCAAGAUAUCUUUAAAAAUAGAACUUGUAAAAAUGGAAAAUAGAUGUAGCGCUAUAUUUAGUAAUAAAAAUGGAGAUAAAAAGGCAAUACCUUACAAAGUCUUUACAAAUUAAAUAAAUCUUCCCAGUUUGAGUUUCUAAAAAACACAAAGAAAAAACGGAACGGACAUAGUGUAUACCGUAUAAUACAAUAUAAUAAUAAAAAAAGGGGGGUAAAAUCCCACUCACACUUUUUAGAGCUAUAAAAUAAUAGCUCAAUUUCAGCGUUCUUGGGGUUCAGUAAAGGCGACCCUCACCCUUCUUGAGUUCCAGUGCUUCUGAUGUUCUAUUAAAAUGAAACAGGACAAAUAUGGUGCAGUACCGUUGGUCUUUAAAGAAAGAUAAUAAACCAAGAUGGGGUACUUACAAACUUAGAGCCAUCCAAAUCGGCUCUGAUCUGUGCAUUUAUGUGGUUAAGGUCCACACACCUUCUUUAGAAAAAAUGUAGCAGGGAUAAUGCCAAUAAUGUGUAAAAGUACAAUAUUUAUUAUAAUAAUAACAUUAUAAAAUAUAUAUAAGUAUUAAAAAUAUAUAUAAAAUGAAAUUGGCAUAUAAAAAUCCAAAGUCUCACAGUCUUUAUUCCAGGACGCGUUUCGCCAUCACUAUUAUCCAGCUGAGGAAGCCGAUAUAGGCGAAACGCGUCCUGGAAUAAAGACUGUGAGACUUUGGAUUUUUAUAUGCCAAUUUCAUUUUAUAUAUAUUUUUAAUACUUAUAUAUAUUUUAUAAUGUUAUUAUUAUAAUAAAUAUUGUACUUUUACACAUUAUUGGCAUUAUCCCUGCUACAUUUUUUCUAAAGAAGGUGUGUGGACCUUAACCACAUAAAUGCACAGAUCAGAGCCGAUUUGGAUGGCUCUAAGUUUGUAAGUACCCCAUCUUGGUUUAUUAUCUUUCUUUAAAGACCAACGGUACUGCACCAUAUUUGUCCUGUUUCAUUUUAAUAGAACAUCAGAAGCACUGGAACUCAAGAAGGGUGAGGGUCGCCUUUACUGAACCCCAAGAACGCUGAAAUUGAGCUAUUAUUUUAUAGCUCUAAAAAGUGUGAGUGGGAUUUUACCCCCCUUUUUUUAUUAUUAUAUUGUAUUAUACGGUAUACACUAUGUCCGUUCCGUUUUUUCUUUGUGUUUUUUAGAAACUCAAACUGGGAAGAUUUAUUUAAUUUGUAAAGACUUUGUAAGGUAUUGCCUUUUUAUCUCCAUUUUUAUUACUAAAUAUAGCGCUACAUCUAUUUUCCAUUUUUACAACACCUUGACAUGCCUAUCAAUUUCUGGCACACCGUAAUUUGGAGUGAUGAAACCAAAAUAGAACUUUAUGGUUGUGACCAUAAGCACUAUGUUUGAAGAUGUACCAACAAGGCCUAUUGUGAAAAAAUACUAUCCCCACGUGAAGCAUGGUGGUGGCUCACUGAUGUUUUGGGGGGAGGUAAGCUCUAAAGGCAGGGGGUAUCUUGAUGGCAAAAUGAAUGCAGCAUGUUCACUUUCAGUAGUGGGGAAAGUAAUGGAAACCAUGUUAAAGGAUAGGAUUGUUGAACAUCUAAAAACACAUGGAUUUCAAAAUCAGAGACAACAUGGGUUUACUUCAGGGAGAUCAUGCUAAACUAAGCUUAUUGAAUUUUUUGAUUGGGUAACCAAAAUAUUAGAUCAGGGUGGUGCAGUAGACAUUGCUUACCUAGAUUUCAGUAAGGCUUUUGACACUGUUGCACAUAGAAGGCUUAUCAAUAAACUGCAAUCUUUAAGUUUGGAUUCCAAUAUUGUUGAAUGGGUAAGGCAGUGGCUGAGUGACAGGCAACAGAGGGUUGUAGUCAAUGGAAUAUAUUCAAAGCUUGGGCUUGUCACCAGUGGGGUACCUCAGGGAUCUGUACUUGGACCCAUUCUCUUUAAUAUUUUUAUUAGUGAUAUUGCAGAAGGUCUUGAUGGGUUGAUGUUCCAGGAGGGAUAAGCCAAAUGUCAAUUUAGGUAAACUAUAAAAAUGGUCAGAGUUGUGGCAACUGACAUUUAAUGUGGAUAAGUGCAAGAUAAUGCAUCUUGGACGUAAAAACCCAAGGGCAGAGUACAGAAUAUUUGAUAGAGUCCUAACCUCAACAUAUGAGGAAAGGGAUUUAGGGGUGAUUAUUUCUGAUGACUUAAAGGUAGGCAGACAAUAGAGCAGCAGGAAAUGCUAGCAGAAUGCUUGGUUGUAUAGGGAGAGGUAUUAGCAGUAGAAAGAGGGAAGUGCUCAUGCCAUUGUACAGAACAUUGGUGAGCCCUCACUUGGAGUAUUGUACGCAGUACUGGAGACCAUAUCUUCAGAAGGAUAUUGAUACUUUAGAGAGAGUUCAGAGAAGGGCUACUAAACUGGUUCAUGGAUUGCAGGAUAAAACUUACCAGAAAAGGUUAAAGGAACUUAACAUGUAUAGCUUGGAGGAAAGACGAGACAGGGUGGGAUAUGAUAGAAACAGAAACAGGGGGUAGUGGAUGCAUGGAAUAGCCUUCCAGCUGAAGUGGUAGAGGUUAACACAGUAAAGGAGUUUAAGCAUAUGUGGGAUAGGCAUAAGGCUAUCCUAACUAUAAGAUAAGGCUAGGGACUAAUGAAAAUAUUUAGAAAAUUGGUCAGACUAGAUGGGCCGAAUGGUUCUUAUCUGCCGUCACAUUCUAUGUUUCUAUGUUAUCAGUAAAUAAUGGCAGACAUUCUUUUGCACAAAGGCUGCGCAUGGGACGCUCUUGGACUUUCCAGCAUGAUAAUGACACUAAGCACAAGGUUGACCCUCCAGUGGUUACAGCAAAAUAAGGUGAAGGUUUUGGAGUGGCCAUCACAGUCUCCUGACCUUAAUAUCAUCAAGCCACUCUGGUAGAUCUCAAAUGCGCGGUAAAUGCAAGACGACCAAAGACUUUGCAUGAUGUGGAGGCAUUUUGCCAAGAUGAAUGGGCAGCUAUAACACCUGCAAGAAUUAGGGUCCUUAUAGACAACUAUUACAAAAGACUGCAUAUUGUCAUUGAUGCUAAAGGGGAAAAUACAGGGUAUGCAGACUUUUGAACAGGCGUCAUUUAAUUUUUUUUCUUUGUUGCCAUGUUUUGUUUUGUGUGUGCCUUUCUGUUAUAACCUAUAGCUGAAUAUGAAUCCCAUAUGAAAUAAAAAAAAUGUGCUUUGCCUGCUCACUCAUGUUUUCUUUAAAAAUAGUGCAUAUAUUACCAAUUCUCCAAGGGUAUGCAAACUUUUGAGCACAACUGUAUAUAUUUUAUAUAUCGGAGAGAGAGAGCGCUAAGCCAUGACACAGCUGAGAUUGCUAUGCAAAAUUUGAUUCACUAAACUCUGUAAAAUGAUACAAAAUGUGUAUGUCUGCUAUCAGUUCACAGAGCUCCAUGGCGUCAUGGAGCUCCACUGGCUAAUACAUUUUAUACCUUUUAAAUCAAUCUGUGUCAUCAUGAAAAUCUGGCCCUAAAAGGGAAACUGUAACUGCUUCAUCUCAUUGUUGUGGUUAUGUUGUCUGGAGUGCCCUAGUGCUGUCUUCCAACCAUUCUUAACCUUCCAAUUCUAAACAAGAGUCUCCUGUAACCCAUCCCCUCUCUGCUGCUACGGCUAAUGAGGAAACAUUAGCCUGAGUAACAAUGGACAGCUGUGAUUGGCUGGGAGUGUCAGCUGACCUCCUCCAGCCUAUCACAGCCCCCAUUUGUAGGAUGAAUUGGAAUUGCUAGAAGGAAGUGUGUAAUUUCUACCUGAGCCAAACCUACAGUAGGGGCCGGGUGUGGGUGGCCAGAGAACCUUAUUCAGUGUUAAACUUCUGGAAAUUUGUUUAACAUUGAGAUGACAUUGUAUUUGCUAUCGGUAUCUUUACAGAUUAGGACAUUCCAUGUUUCAGUAGGAUAUAGGUGACUAAAUUGUUAUGACACCUCUUUACAUCACACUAAAUACAAAAAGAAGCCUGUAACACAGUUUGGUAGUUUGUUAUUUUUGUUAAUUUCCCUGGUAAUAUUUUAACCCCAAUAAUAUUAUAGAGUGAAAACAUUAUUUUCAUGUAUUACGCAGUAUAAAACCUUGUCCAUAAAGCCUCACUCACCCUCAUUUACGUUCUAGUUAUGAUUACCAGCCUGUACAGGAACACAUGUCUCUGUCAGAAGCCUCUAGUCACUGAUAUAAAUGAAUGAAUGUAAAGUUGUAGAAAAUGUCUCUCAGACCAACUGUCUGUGAGAAAAAUAGCAGUUUUGCUUUUAUGCUAACAUUUAAAGUAUGUAAAAUGUAUUGAUAUUUAUUAUAAAUAAUCUAUGGAGCAUACCUAUUAGGUCCCCCCUCCUCACAAUAACCUGAAAAAGGUUUUUUACGUGCCUUUACCCAGCACCAGACGAAGCACCAGAAGCUAAUCUUCCACACCCUGUCUUGGCUUCAGCCGGCACUCCUGUGCCAACAAGGGAAAGUGGGGACGAGUUCUUACACUUUUUGAACCACAGGUGGGAGUGCCUGCAGGGAAAGAAAAGCCACCUUCCCCUUGUAGGAGAUCUACCUGCAAGGGAAGCAUUCUUAUAUUUAUCGGCAGUGUGCAGUGCGCACUGAUGGCAGAUGUAAAAUAUGUGCAGACUUGACAUUAGGCAGCCCAAAACAGAGUUCCUCUCUUUCUCCUCCCCUGCCCCUUUGUGUAUCCGUUUGUCCCCUCCAGCCCUCUGUGUCUCUUUGUACCUCCAUGUAACAUGGCUGAGCGGACCGCACGUAGAAGAUCUUCUGUUUCCUCUACCCAGUCUGACAGGAAGAUGUUCGAUGCUCUCAGCGAGCAGCUUCCUAUCAGGUAGGGUAGAGAAUACAGAAGAUGCUUUAUCACGUAUCCAUACUACAUUCAGUGACGGUCAGGAGGGGAAGCGCUGUGCGGUGUGCUCCCCUCCUGCCAAUCACCUGGAGACUGCACCCCCACCCGGCCGGUGCUGGGUGGGACCCUAAGCAAUAAUUGUAAGAAUUUUUUUAUUUUGUUUUAAAACAUUGUUUUAAUUUACAAAAGCCUCCACCAAGCAAAGAUAGUAAGCCAUACUAGUGAUCAGUCCCAUUUCUAAACUAUGAACAUGUAUAUCAGAUAAAUGAAUACUGAAAUAAAAUAUAGUGCCUGCAAGUGGCAGAAAUAUUUGCUAGUUAUUAUUUUAUAAUCAUUAGACCCAGUUUUCUUUAAUAAAAUAUCAAUCUAUAAUGUUUUUCACUUGAAAAGAUAUUUUAAAAAUCCAUUGAAUUUCACAAAUGUUUUUCAGUUACGGAAUGACUAAAAAUAUAUAGUUGUAAAACAGUGGUUUAGUUUUUCGAAUAGCUAUAAGUCACAUCCAUUAAAUUUGACAAAUGUUUUUCAGUUACGAAUUGAACGGAGACAGAAGGAGUUGGUUAUGGAUAAACGAAACUUCGGGAGAAAUCUAUAGCAAUGCAAUACUGGACCGGGAAACAGAACCUCAUUACUAUGUGGAAGUAACAGCUAAGGAGAGACGUAAGGGAUAUAUUUUACAAAUUAUUAAAGGAGACAUAAAGACCAUACACCUAUGUAUAAAUAGAUAGCCUUAAUGAGGAGAGAAAACCUAUUUACCUCUGCCCUAGAUAUAUUAAAGAUAUAUCAUAAAUUAAAUGGAAAAUCAACGUUAUGCUUUUUUUUUCCAUUACACUUUGCCGGGACAGUAUUACACAACAACAAAACUUUCCAUGCCAGCUAUCUGAUAUCAGUUGCCAUUAUUAGAGUUUAAUUAACUCAUUCCACUUUAUGUUGGAAACUACAGUGGAAAAAUGACUGCUGCAAUUUUUUAAAAUGCUGUUACAGUUGAUGAUUGCUUUUACAAACAAAAUAAAGCAUCCACUUUGGAAAACUAAACAGUCUACUCGGAUUUUCAAAAUGCUUGUUGCUUAUUGAGUCAAUCCCAAACCCAGUUUUAUUUUAGAGAACGUAAUACACAGAGGUUCUGAAAUGUGUUUUGGGCCAUGGAAUAUGUUAUAUAUGUUGAUGGAGUCACAGUAAAUAUAAAAAAAAGUUGUCAUGGUACACUUCAAGAUUUGUUAAGCACCACACCAAGAAACUCUACUUACCACGCUUACUAAUAAAAUCAUAAUUUCUUUCUAAAUCUAGUGUGUAAUGUGUAGCUACAAGUGAGAAAAAAAGACAAAACUACUUUAUGUGCAUUUAAAACCAGGUACAUUUAUAAAAAGAAUAUUUAUCCGUUUAGAUUUUUUUCUCUCUAUUUCUACCUAACCCUUUACAAAGCAAAGCAGCUACCUCAAGUCAUUCCACUCCAUUAGGUGUCCUAUAGUUGUAUAUCUGAACCUGUAUACCUCGACUAAAACUCCAGGAUUUCUACCUAUUUUAACACUUAUCUAAGACCACCUUCUACCUGGUUGCAAUAUUGUAAUUACAAAUACACAAAAAUAAGUCCUGUGCUAAAAAUCCCACGCUAAACACCAAAACAACUUUAGCUUAAUGAAGCAGGUUUGGUGUGUAGAUCAUGCCCCUACAGUCUCACUGCUCAAUUAUUUGCCAUUUAUGAGUUAAAUUGCGUUGUUUAUGCAGCCCUACACAGCCUCACUCCACACUUCCUGAAAGAGACAUUCAUUCUUUAUACUUCCCUUAGUGUACAAUGUGUUUAAUUUUUUAAGUUAUUGUCUAGUACUUUGUAAAUUGCCUGAUAGAGACUGCAGCAGCCCCCGAUAUGUGAUUAACAUCCUUUUAAUAGAGCAGGAGGUGACUUUCAAAGUAAAGACACUGCACUUGUAAGAUCUGUUUGAAAAUUAAACAUUUUUUUAAAUGAGACUGAGUGUGUCUUACCCAGGGGAGCCAUGACUAUGUCUGCAUAAACAAAGUGAUUUGACUUCUAAAUGGCAGAGCAUUGAGCAGUAAGACGUUUGGAUCUAAAAGUGCCUGGCGUCUUAACGUCAGGGGUUGUGAUAUCAAUGUAAAAGGAAACUAGGAUAAGAAACUAAAACGAGAAUGCUUUUGGUAAUAAUCAAAGGUUUAUACAGGAUUUUUUGUGUAUAUUUUUAUGUCAUUUAGAGACAACUAAUGUAAUGUUUUGGUGCAUAGAAUAUCCUUUUAAAUUGUCAUGCUCACAUAUUAGUCUCUCAUUCCAAAACUGGGACUGGGACAUAUCUUCCUGGCAGAAUUUUGCAGGCAAGGGACAUUCCUUUGUUACAUUCUUACAUUUAAUGCUUCUUUCUAAAUGGCAUACAAAGGACCAGUUUACAGCUUAGCCCUAUAAUGUCGUGAGUUACAAAUAAACAAUAAUGUUGUUUUUUCAUGAGAUCAAGUAUGCUUCAACGAUGUAUAAUCCACACGUUAAUAGGUAGUUAUUUUGGGAUAAUUUUACAGGCAAUCUAUCAAUGAAGUCGUCUGUAUCUUUUCAAUUGUUUCUGGAUGACGUGAACGACAAUGCACCAAAACUUGCGAACGGUUACGCUGGAGCUGUGUUCUGCCAUCCACUGAGCAAGAAAGAGUCUGUGUUUGUAGAGGCUGUAGAUGCCGAUACGAGUCCAAAUAGCCGUAGAUUUCGAUUUACUCUUGGUGUGGGUGAAAACAUAACCAGAGACUGGACAUUAUCAUUUAUUAAUGGUGAGUACAGACCAACUCGUCAUUCUCUUUUUAGCAAUUGCCUGAAAGCUUUCUAAGAGAUAAAUACCCUCAGUCAAAAAAUAAAACCAAUAAAAUUGAAAUGAUGGACAGAUUCUGAUGACAAAUUUUGAUUGAGACCAAGUGUAUUGUUUUUUUUUUCUUCUUUCACUCUUAAAAUAUAACAACGUUUCCAGGUAAUAGCACUUUUGGAUUUUUAUAAGUGUACCUAUUUUAUUGGCAGGUUCCCAUACUAAGCUUAACAUGAACCACCAUGAUUUUCCGCCUGGCAUUAUACGAGUUCCAAUAAUUGUUAAUGACAACGGAAAACCUCCCUUAGAAUCAACAGUCUAUGCCUCAGGUAGGUCACAUUAAUACAUUCCAAAUGUUUCUUGUAUGUGAUGGUAGAAACAGAACAAAUUGUCUUCCUUCAAUUAUUUUUCACUGAAGAUUCUUACACUCAAUAAACCAUGUAUAACACCAUGUCUUGCUCUCAAUCUACAAAAGUCGAGGUCAAAGAACAUGCAAACUGAUCUCCUCCUGCACUGUCAAAUAAUUCCAUGUCAAUAUUUAUUAGAACAAUUCCGUGAAUUCUUACAGUAACAUUAACAAUAAGUCAGACAAAUGGCACCUACGAGCAUAUUUAGCGAAGGAACAUCCACUCCUUCAUGUUGUCUCUCAUCAAUGGUUGUGUAAAUGAAUUUGUAUCCAUGAUCAAUUGAUAACACUGAUCAUUGCAACAAAUAAUUGAUUCCAGCCCACAGCAUUUGGAGACUGCAAAUACAAGCAUGUAGCACAGCUGGUGCCAACCCCAGCACACUGUCACAUCCAGCACAUUGUCAACCCACUUCCUUUACAAUUUUAUAUUAACACGGCAAUAAGUGGGCUACUGCACUAACUAUGAAUAUAGGUAUGUAAUAUAGUAGUAUUAUGGUACAGCAGCACACAAAACUCUCUAUGCUACAGGCCAGGAUUGGGAGGGGGGCAGAUGUCCCUUGACCCUUUGGUGAUGAAGGUCUCAGUUAGGGACAUUUCUGUUAAAAAACUAUAUAGAAAUCUUUUGUGACAUUUGCAAGUACCUUACCAACACUGUGUAACUCCUGGUUUAGUAAAUAAAUCAAUUUGGGAUGCCCCGUGAAACUCCAUAAUACAAUAUGGAGUAAUAUAUCGGUAUGCAUAAUACUGGUACUGUAUGCAGUUCCUUAUUAGUCAUAUCCUGUGUCAACAAAGAUCUAACUAUUCUCUAACAAAAUACUAUUCUCCUCUUACCUGGGCCAUGAUAAACUCACACUCUUCCAGUAGAAUUCUUUACUCACCAGGGAAAUGAGCCAUAACGAUAUCUGACACUCUAGUAUUGUACUGUUUAUGUUUACAUUUUUUUUUUUUUUUGCAAUCCUGCAUAUCUUCAAUAUUUGCUAAAUCUUGAAUAUCUGCCUCUUCUUGAUACAUUGUAUCUUUCAUUCUAUAAUCUGAUAUAAAUUAUUUAAUACUUACCUAGUGACAAUUUGCACCUGCUCCUCUGGUAACCAGUGCUCAUCACCUCCACUGGAUGACUUCGGUAGGCCAUCUGUCGGAAUGGCUCUCGGAAUUUUAUUUGGAGUUCUGGCAGUUAUAGGUAAGUUCUAUUAACAUUUAAAUACAGUUAAUAACAAUACACAUGUAUACAUACAUACAUACAUAAUUAGCCUUGCUCAAAGAGCUUACAAUCACAAGCAGAUAAAUAAGCCAGACAAACGAUCUAUAGAAAAGCUGUGGUUAUAGAACAAUAGGAAAAAACACUCCCCAUUAAUUCAAGUAUAUUUUAAAAUAUUCUACCUUGGCGUCUGUCUGUCUGUCUGUCUGGUUCACGGUACAAAUAUCAACUCUGGAGUUGCCAAUCUAUAACUAAUUGUUUUUCUGUAUUUAUUUGCACAGGUAUUAUUGUUGCAGCUGUGCUUAUCUCAAUAAACAAGAAAAAGAAGAAAGAGAACACUCCCAAGAAAGUUGCUAAAGUUGAUGCAACCAGUCCUACGGAAACCAUCACUCUGGCGUCUUAACGUCAGGGGUUGUGAUAUCAAUGUAAAAGGAAACUAGGAUAAGAAACUAAAACGAGAAUGCUUUUGGUAAUAAUCAAAGGUUUAUACAGGAUUUUUUGUGUAUAUUUUUAUGUCAUUUAGAGACAACUAAUGUAAUUAACGAGGCCCAUCUGAAAACAAACAUAUAGUGCAAGUCUGAGUUUUUGGAGACUUCUCACUAAAAGAAAAAGCCCACGUAGACUUUUAAUUGCUCAUUUCAUUGCUAGUGUCUAUAUAGUGCCUGUGAAAGGGCAUUGUUUGUGCCAUAAGACAGUGAGUACAUUUAUUUUGAUAAUUUCAUACUUGCACCAUUUGCCACCUGGAGGUCCAUGAGAUGAAAGUGUUUCCUGUAGUCUUCUGUAUAGUCUCUAAAGACCUUGGAAUCAAUAAUCAGAUGUUCUUUCAGUUCACUGUGAGAAAUCUUGGCAGCUUAUACUAUACAUCAUACAAUAAAAUCAACUCUUAAAAUUCUCACACCUCCAUGCAUCUAAUACAACAAUUCUGGCUAUUUCUCAUUAGACGAUCACAUAAUGGUGCACUUCUAUUUUUCAUUCUGUCCAAGAUAAAGUGCUUCAAGAGAAUUAGUACAAAUACUUCAUUUUUACGUAGUCAAAUCAACUAUCAUUUAAUGUUCCAAGAAUGAGCCUAGGAUAGAUACUAAGUUAUUCACUUGGCCAGGGUAUGGCAAUCUAAGGCUCACACGCCAUUCAGAUGAGUGGACCAAAGGCAGUCUAGUUUCUCCCAUUGUAAAGCGCUGCGGAAUUUGUUGGCGCUACAGAAAAAUAAUAAUAAUUAUAAUCCUUGGGGAAAUUCAGAUUUUUAUGUGGAACUGUCAUGAUGUGUCUCUAUUAGGUCUGAUUUUAGGAACCAAUGGGGUGUCCAGCUGUUGGCCGUGCUGUGGGAUGUAUUAGAUGUAAAUGAUAACUUGAACUAAUGGUGUAUCCAAAUCUACCUCAGCUGUUUUAAAUGUAGGACAGUAGGCAAGGAAAAUAUAGAUUUUGGAGAAAUAAAGGUAUGUUUUCAUUUUUAUCAUUAUUAUACUUUGACUAACUGGUGUUCCAAAACAUGACAUGAUAUUUAAUUAAACUUGGCAGACCACAUGUUUGCAAAAUGUUUAUUAUUAUAUUAUGUAUAUACUAACUCAUUGAAAUUUUUUUAAAAGAGUGCAAAAGGAAAUCUUUUUAUUUUUUAAGGGGACACUAUCACGAAAUGCUGUUUUGUUGCACCAGUUAAAGGUACACUCCACUCUUUAAUAGAAAAUAAAUAAAAGUCACUGUUUAGUAGAUAUACCCCAAAUGGAAACUUGUGCGCAUUUAUUUAUGUAUUUUUUCAUUGGGGGUUUAUUUAAAAACAGCUUGUAAAACCUGCAGUUCUUUUGUCUGCUGCCUUUGCAAGUCUUCCUCUUCUAACCCAGCCUAGACUUUAUGUUGCUGUCCAAUCACAGACUCCCCAAUACAGCUCAAUAAGAAGCAAGGCAGGCUCUCUGAGCAAUUGCUACCUCUUGAGUUUAGCUCCACUGAGCUAACCAAACCAGGAAGUAACACUACCGGUAAUAUUCUUGAAAACCAAGGAGGUGUAACAAGGUUCAUUUAUAAAAGUGUAAAUUUCUAUUGAAAUCUGCACUUUUUGCAAAAUAGAAAAAAUAGGACACACUCUUCAAGAUAAAAAACAUUAAAUUUAUGGUAACACAGAGUAGCCUAGAAUAGGAGAAAACAAACAAACAUAUUAUACAAUUAAUAUUGUCACCAUAGUCGUUGAGACUUUGCUAAAAUUAAAACUAAGAGCAUGCCUGUUUCUCCAAAAGCUAAGGACAGAAUAGACUGCCUGGUCAAGUGCAUUACUUACUAGUGAUAUUUGUGAAAAGGAAGAUCUACCAUCUAUUAAAUUGGCCAGAUCCACUGGAGUUUUGAAGUGUAUUAAAAGAUGUAGGGGUUAGAUCAAAGUAGAGACCAUAACACUUUGAUUUUUCAUAAAUAUCACAGAUGUAAAUUGUCAAUAGAGUAAAUCCUACUGAUAAGUCAUCAAGAGAUGUAUGCACAUAGUAAGCAAAUUUACUCAGCAUCCAAAACAUACAAAUAAAACAUAUUUUACAUAUACACAACACAUAUUUAUUGCGUGUGCAAUUAAAAAAAUACAUGGCUCCUUUUUAUAUGAUACGUCAUUUUUAAAUGGUCUGUCUUCAGGGGGUGUACAUCUAUACCGGUAAAGAAAGGUAUUAGAACUUGCAUUUCUAGCCUGUUUGCGAGUUUCGCUGCCUUUGAAAUGGAAAACCAAAGUUUAUGAUACAGCAUUAAAUACAAUUUUAUACAUAUUUGUGUGUGCUCUUUAUUUAUAAAACUGAAUAAAAUUGCCUAUAUUCAUACAAAUGUUAAUAGAAUUCCAAUAAGGUAACAUAAUUCCAAUCAUGUGUGACAUACAAGUCUAGACUAGCCAUUGGACAAACAGACAAAUGUCUAGUGGGCCACGAUGGCCAUGGGCUAAG